AUGGCGCGGGACGGAGAAGACCCUGGGAUGGCCAAAACUCCCAAAGUCAAACGGCAAAGGAAGAAGAAAACUAAAGAGAACAAAACCAGGACCGUCCACGCAAACUUACUCUACGACCACGCCAAAGGAGAGGAAAACCCAAACCGACACUAUGCAAACAACAAGAUUAAGACCACCAAGUACACGGUGCUGUCUUUCCUGCCAAAGAAUCUUUUUGAGCAGUUUCAUCGGUUUGCCAAUGUUUACUUUGUCUUCAUCGCUUUGCUGAAUUUUGUUCCAGUUGUCAAUGCCUUUCAGCCUGAACUCGCUCUGGCUCCUGUGGUCUUUAUUUUGUCUGUCACUGCCAUCAAAGACCUGUGGGAGGACUACAGGAGACACAGGUCGGAUAAAGAAAUCAAUCACAUGGACUGUCUGGUCUUCAGCAGGUAAGAUGGGCCUCAUACCAGCAGCCUGUGGUGGCCAGCUGCUGCUCAAACAUUGUGUGUUUAGUUAUUUCCUCUGCUGUGAGUCAGUGCACAAAGUGUCCUUCCAAAAUGCAUCUUUAAAAACCCUCACAUCUUAUGUAAUGAUACUUCCAAACUCUCUCUAACAAACUACUUUGUGCUUUUCUUGCCAAACCUGAGAACUUGGCCUUCCUGCAGAAUUCCAGGUGACAGCCUGUCAGUCAGAUGAUCAUUAGCUGCAAAUCCAGAAAAGUGCUGUACACUGGCAAACAUCUUGCCAUGCAAUCACAAUACAAAUGUUAGGUGUUAAUAUUAGUGUUAGAAAAGUUACGGAUACAGUCAAACAUUGUUAUCCUGACUCUAUGUUACAAUGAACAUUUUGCUUAUAUUACUAUUUUAGUUGAAGAAAAAGGAGGUGACGUUAACCCUGCCCGUUUACUUUUUGGAUGCAUGAUGUGUCCUUUAUAUUUAUGGAUAUUGUCAAACAUCAUUACAUGACUGUCUUGCAAUUUAUAAGAUAUACCAAAAUAUUUGAUGCAUCAUAUCAUAUCGUAUUGCAUCUUACUGUAGUGUGUCAUACAGUAUUGUAAAAUACCACUUUGUCUCGUGUAGUACCAUAUCACAUUGCAUAGUAUCAUAUUGUAUCACAUUAUAUUGUAUCUUAUCCUAUUAUAGGGAGUAGUAGAGUCAUGUUAGAUGAGUGGUAUUGUUUAGUACCAUACAUUCACCAAACUAAGAAAUAUGUUUUGUUGUUCCACUAGUUAAAAAAAUAUACCGUAGUAUAAAAACAACAGUAUGUGCAUUUGGAAAGUAGUUGAUAGACAAUAUCCCGCUCUCCAGUUAAGACCAGAUGUCAAAGAAAGUUGGUUAAACAAAUAAUAAUUGCAUUAUUUAAGGCUUGAAAAGCUGGUGGAAUGUUGCGCCUAAGCUGUAGUGCAGCCACUUGCCACUUGCCACCAGCAGAUCAGGGAAAUUGCUCUUGCCAUAAUGCUAUAGUUCUAUACUACCCAAAUGUAAACAGCACAGCUGAUGGAUAACAUCCAGUAGUAUGAUGCAGUUUGUAAGUAUUUAGAUCCAGAAAAUGGAGAUAAAGUUCUACAAAAUGAGUCAGAAUUUUUAAAUGUCUUUAAAAAAUUAGGAAAUUAGUCACUUCAGAGCAUUCCUAGAAAGGACACGAUAUGGUGUGAUGUGAUUUGUUGCUAUUUAAUAUGGUACAAAGCAAAAUAUAGUACAGUACUAUAUGAUAUAAUAUGUUACAGCUGUAUUAUGAGUUACCCUGUGAUUCCACACUAUUUAAAUAUAAAGCAAUAUUCAAUCCCAGCGCACCAAAGACAGCAAUGCACUGUUUUGUCGUCAACUAAUUCUGAGAAAAAGUAGCGUUAGUAUUAAAACACAAAAGUGUACUCAAAAUCCCCCCAGUUUAUCAAUUAAUAUAUGAAAAAAAAACAAAUCCCUGCCUUUAGAAAUUGUCAUUGAUUUGGAAUGAGUACCGUAUGUAAAAAUAACUUGCAAUGCUAAUAUGAAUCCAUUCUGUCUUAUAACCAAGUCCAGGCAUAGCCAGAAAAAAAUGGGGUUAAACCUGGCUAACACACGAGGAAUAUAUAUCGCAUGUGCAUCCAAAAAGACUUCCAAACCUCCAGUUUGCUGCCCACUUUUCUGUCACAGCGGUGUGAAACUUCUUUAAGUCCAGAUGCUGUCUCAGUGCCGACAUUGUUUAUGAUGAGUCAGUGUGUUACCUGCUUCUCUCCCAUACUAACUUUAUGCCUGAGUCCCGUGUGCGUGUGCAGAGUGUUAUUGCUAAUGAAAAGCAGCACUGUGGUCUGUGUACAGAGCAUAAUUCAUGGUAAAUCAAAAGGCUCAGUGUUUAGUGGCAGCACAGUUUCAGCAAGACUCAAGUUGUUCGGUCAAGGUUGCACAGAAUUGAGUUUUCUUUUACUGUGGCAGUAUUGUGUAAAACAUUUCCUUUUUCUCUACCUGGAGACAGCACACUUAUAUCAGUAUCUUGGAUACUGACUCCUGUGCGUGUCUUUGAGAAUAAGUCCUCACUGAAUUAAACCCUAUUACAUGUAUGGCUUUAGCACAUGUAAAGUCUUCAAUUAUAAAUGACUAAAACUCUGAAUAAAUAACUAUCAAUUGAAGAUCUUUAUAGAGAAACAAGUUACUCUGUUUCUCUUGGUUUCAGUGGUUUAAUUUAAUUAUAGUUUCAUAGUUUUGUUAAUUUUUUUAGAAGAACAUUGUAUUAAUCUCAGUUUUUCAUGUUUGGCUGCAUAAUCCCUCUGCGACCGAGUUCAGCUCCGUAGAUAAGAUCCAGCAGGGAAAGAUUAGUCUCCAUGCUGACAGAGUUACAGAUGUUCUUGUGUUUACUUCCAGAUAGGAUCUUGUUUAUUUCUCCUAUUGUAAAUAUUAAAAUAACUGUGCUCAUAACCCUUCCUAUCAGGUGGUGUCUUCUGUGUUAAACAAAUACUGACUCUUGAAGUUAAACUGUAUCGUUUAGGGUUUUGUCAGUUUUAAUUACCAUGUCUGUUUGUUUUGUAAGCAAGCGACAAUGUUAGAUAAUCCAGCUCUCAGUGAAAAAACCCAGAAACACUGUAGGAAUCCUAUCUUUGAAACAGGAGGACAUAGAUAAAAGCAAAGCUAAAACAUGCAGUCCAUUUGUGGUUCUUUUUGAAGGCACUUUUCCCGCCACAGAGGGUCAUAGAAACAUAAAUGUUUGACUUUCCAGGUUCCUCUGCUUGGUCCUCAGAGUUGUCUUGAGUAGGGGCAGGUAGAAGAGAGCGUACAGCCUGACUCUUUAGUGUUGAGUUGUAGCCCAAACAAACAUCUUGCUCCAGCUUUGUACUCUGUCUUCUCCCAGUUUUCCUCUUCAUACGCUUUUCUUUUUGUACCUCUCUUCACUCUUCUUUUUCUGUUUGAAUAAUUGGAAGAUGGGACAGGUUGAGUGGACAGCCUAACUCAGCCAAGACAGUUGAGUCUCAUGGAUAAGUGGUUCCUACUCGAUAACCCUGAUGAGUUCUCUGGCUUUGUUUGUCCCAUCUAUUUUUGAGGGGGACAGUAAGGGCCAUAGGGACGGUUUUGUACACUGUGUUCCAAAUCAUUAUGCAAACGACAUUUUACUCUGAUUUUCCUAAAUAGUCGAUGCAAAUGACAACCAGCAUAAUUUUCAAGUCAUCCACUAUUUUAGCAUAAUUAAAAUUUUAUGGAACAAACCUUCAAUAUUGAUAACUAUUUUUUUUAAGAAUAUAAAGUUAUUAUGCACAACAAAGUUUCAAAACAUUUUAAGGGUUGUAAAAAACUGAAAAUGGUCAUCUGUUGCGUUUGCAGUAUCAGGAGGUCAUAUUUAUUGAAAUUAAAAGCUAUUUUAAUCAAAACAUCUUAACACCCCAAGUAACAUGUUAACAAAGGACCCCUUCUCUGAUAUCACCUUCACAAUUCUUGCAUCCGUUAAACUUGUGAGUUUUUGGAGAAAAUCUGCUUAAAUUUCUGUGUAAGAUGUCAGAAUACCUUCCCAGAGCUGCUGUUUUGAUGUGAACUGCAUCCCACCAUCAUAGAUCUUUUGCUCGAGGAAACUCCAAAUGUUCUCUAUAGGGUUGAGGUCAGGGGAGGAUGGGGGCCACACUAUGAGUUACUCUCCUUUUAUGCCCAUAGCAGCCAGUGACACAGAGGUAUUCUUUGCAGCAUGAGAUGGUGCAUUGUCAUGCUUGAAGAUAAUUUUGCUAUGGAAGGCAUAGUUCUUGUUUUUGUACCCUGGAAGAAAGUGGUCAGUCAGAAGCUCUACAUAGGGCUGAACGAUUUUGGAAUAUAAUCUAAUUGCGACUUUUUUCCUCAAUAUUGUGAUUGCGAUUUAGUAUGCAGUUAUUUUUUCAAGGUCCUCUUCUAAUCCAUUUUUUCAACAAACAAACAAUAAAUUAAUCUGUAUUAUAAUGAAUAAUAUCAGAUAAAUUCUACAUAAAUUGUUCUUUCUAGCAAUUACCAUUUGACACACACACACACACACACACACACACACACACACACACACACACACACACACACACACAGGCUCUCUCUGCUCACACACCAUUGCCCACACACAUGCACGCGCCACCACAUAUGUCAUGAUACUAAUCUACGUACUGAUGGGGAGAUGUUAUCGGUGCCCAAAACACUGGAGUCGGGUCUUUUCAUUCAGCUGUGCCGCCAUCACCGUAUUGGAUGUGUUUUCCAUCGUUAUGCAGACAUGGAGUGAAGUUGAAGCGCUGGUGGCUGGUGUUUUCCAGAUCAAAUGACCAGUCAUAAUAGCAGCCUUUGAGAUUAGAAAAUUGCGUUUUAUCAUAUUGCGACGUAAUCACAUAUGCAAUUAUUUGUUUAGUCCACUAUAUACUUUGCCUUAACAUGACUUCGCCACCUCCUUGCUGAGGUCGCAGUCUUGUUGGGACAUGGUGGCCAUCCACCAACCAUCCACUUCUCUCUCCAUUUGGACCAUCCAGGGUUGCAUGGUACUUAUCAGUGAUCAAGACUGUUUGAAAAUUAGUCUUUAUCUAUUACUGGGUCCACUGCAAUCGUUUCUGCUGGUGAGCUUUGGUUAGGGGUGGCAGAAUAGAAGGUUUAUGCACGUUGACAUCCAUGGGACUCCAGGGGAACAAGCAGCUUCACAUAGCUGUUUGCCGUUUUGUAACCGCAUUUUAGCAGCUGCUCUCUGAAUGUGGUGAAGCUGUCUGGCAGCAACCUUCCUCAUUUUGCCUUUGUGUGCAUGAACCCGUCUGUGCUCAGAAUCUGCCACGAAUUACUUCACAGUACGAUGAUCAUGCUCAAGUUCUCGUGAAAUAUCCAAUGUUUCCAUACCUUGUCCAAGUCAUUGCACUAUGUGACGCUUAUCGGCAGCAGAGAGAUCCUUUUUCUCUCUCAUAUUGCUUGUAACCUGUGGCCUGCUUGAUAAUGUAGAACAUCCUUCUGAAGUAGUCCUCCUUUAAUUUGGCUCACCGAGCAAGCUAAUUCUCACAGGUGUCUGAGAUUAAUUUCAGUGAUCCAAAGAGCCAGGAGACACAACACUAUCUAAAAAAUGAAUGUCUAUGACACUAAAAUCCAAUUUGCAUAAUAAUUUAGAGCAUGGUGUAGGGUUUUUGAGGAAUUAAAGUUGAAUAGAGUGGUUUUAUUUUUCACAGAGUGCUCUUGCUUUUUAAUGGGUCUCUUGUACCCUAUAUUUAUUUGAAAAUAGACUAAACAUGUUUAUUUUUUGUUAAACUAAUGGGCCAUUGUAUCAGGUCAGUUCAUUUAAUGGUAUACCCGGCUUCACAUGAAAGGUUGUGGCAUAAAAAAAGAGCCUUUUUUUCAUAAGCAUAAUAUCUCACUGUCAUUUUGCUCAUUUCCAUAGUUUAGAUGAUAAAUCCCACUUUCCGCAUGGCAAAACUCAAGGAGCUUUUAUUUACGAUACAGGAAAUCUCUCUUUGUCAUAAAUGUAAAUAUUUACUAAUUGUGAGGGAUGGAGGCGGCCAUGUGCUAGUAAAUGUUUCUUCACAUUUAUCAUGAUUUACCUCAGAGUACUCCUCCUAAGUUUGAAUCCUGGAGAGACAACAAAGACAUACCCAGUCAAAUCAGACAUUUGCACAAACAGAGUUACUUCACUGGAAUGUAAAUAGUCUUACUCUUAAUCUGGUUUACACAGUAGCACAAAAACAUCUGCCUCUGACUGUCCUAACCAGAACUGAUCUGGACUGCAGUUCACUGAACACCCAGUUUGACCGCAACAGUCUGAGUUGAUGCAUUCUUUCAUAACUGGAUAAUUAACUACUGGCGUGUGUGGGCUGUUGUUUUCUCAGCUCUAUUUACUGAAGUUAUUCUGUGGUCAUGCAUAGAAAAUGUCAAUUUCACAUCUAAGCAGCACUGGACUGCAGAAAUAAUCCUUUUCAUUCAUACAGACUGACCUUAUCUCACUUUUUCUAAGAGGAUUCCCUGUGGGUUGUAUGAUGCAUUCCCAAAAUCAAUCAGUUAUCUAAAUUCUAAAUUCAACUUUAUUUAUAUGGCAUAUACAUACGUAUGAGAAAAUAAUUCAAAGUGCCUCACAGAGGCUAAAAAAAUCUCGCAAACUAUUAUGUGAGGCAGCUUCAAACACAUUCGCACAAAAGAGAGGGCUUUAGGUUAAAGGUUACACAAGACAAUGAAAAUCAGAAAGAGCAACCCUUGACAAAAUACAACAAAACUUAAGUUAAAAGGAAGAACAUUUCAAAUAAGAACUGAAAAUGUUAACAUUCAAGCUAGUAAGGCAUCAAGAUUGAGUCUGGCUAAUGUGAAUGUUUUGAUUUUUUUGCAGUGUCAAUGAAAAAUAUGUGUCUUCAAAUUAUAUUAGACAAAUAACUCUACGAAGUGACAUAGUAGCAGGUGAAGGAUUUUUGAGACCUGAUUGUAAUUCCAGAUGUGGUUGUCAGUAACACAAUGAAAUAUACAUUGCUCAGCCAGACUGUUUGUAUUGUGAUACACUUUUAACCACCCCUAGAUUUAGUCCAUACACAUUGGGACUAUCUGUUUUUCAAAAAAUGGACAAAUAUCAAAUAUGACAUGCACGUGGUCGGAUACAUUUGUGUGUUGCAAUUUUAUCGGUGAUGGAUUUUUUACAAGGCCUGAUCAUUUGCUGUUGUGCAGCUCAACAUUGGUGCCUCUUUUGUUGCCUCCCAUGAGUAAAAAGCCGUUAGGUGAGACCAGAGUAAUGUCAUUGUUGAUGAGAAAGACUGCAGUUUUUUAUUUGUUUGUUUUUUUUACAAAGUCGAAAUGUAUUUUUUUUGUCUUUUAUUUUUCCAUCUACGGUAUACAAGCCAAAAUACCACGCUGCGCUUCUCAGAUGUUUUGGUGAUUAUUCGCCCAGUGUUGCUUUGCUUGGCCAUGUCCUUUAUAUCUGGAGAAUAACAUUACUGUAUUAGGUUACUGAGGUCAAGAGAGCAUGGAUAAAACAGGUUAUAAUAAGAGCGCCCUCUGCUGGAUCAUACUGCAAGCUACUUCAGUGGGCCUAAUAUGCUGGUAAACAGUGUUUUUAUGAGUUGGAACAGUUCAUUCAGUUUAUAUAUGAACUUUUCCCCAAGACUUCAAAUGAAUGCACACACUUUUGUUAACUUGAUAAGCUUUCUGACAAGUGGUAUGCAUCCUGAUUACCAGAGUGUACCAGUUUGAAAUGCAGGGAAGGAUAUUUUAUUGUGUUUCCGUGUUUCCAUGAGAAGAUAAUGCUAAGCUAGCCAAAGCGUUAUCAUGGCCAUGUUUGACCUGGCAUUAUCAAAAUUUGUCACAUGAGCCUGAGUUUGGCCAAGUGUUUGGGUCAUGUGCCCCAUGUAUGGACUUUUUGGUCUUUGAGCAGCAUCGACAGCCUCUUUAUGUGACUCUCUCUCCUGGUUUCCUGCUCACUGUCUUAUCCUCUCUGAACAAAGGCAUAAAAGCCUGACAGUAUAAUUAAGAAAUAAGAUGGAGAGAAAAUUCCUCACCAUUCACUGCACUGCAUUGUAAGCAGCUGCUUUGCUAUGCCAGGCUGGCAGAGCUACUUUAAAACCAUUACUCUUACUGAUAGGUAAUGACCGUACAUUUAAAUAAAAUGGUGUGAAACUACUCAGUAAAUUAACCAUGAUCAGCGCUGCUUUGAUUGGAAAGACUCCUCAGUUUAAGACACUGGAGGUUGGUGGUGCAACUCAGGUAAAUGGUUGCCAAGAGAAGGUCUGUACGUCUAAAAUACCAGUGCCACUGUAGGCUGAGCUUAACCACUGUACCAGUAGUAGGACUUUUAACUCCACAUGGAAAAAAUUUGGUACUACAAAGAGCUGCACAGAAAGUGCACAUUGUGGAUUUGGAGGAUACAUUAAAAACAUCACACAGGAAGGCGGUUUCAUGGUUUUAACUCAUUCACUCAAAGCAAAAGCCAAACAAUCACCUUAUCCAGCUUAUGAAAUGAAAGAUGAUGCUACUUUUCUUUGUCAGAAUUGGUAGUUUAGGAAGAAAUUUGGGAUUAUAAACAAAAAGAAGCACAAUGAGGCUUUAACUUCAGCUUUAUAUGGUCAUGACACAUCAUUUUCAGUGGUCUAAAAUCCAUCAGUUUCUCACAAAAUAUUCAGAGGAUAAGUUUGACCCAUGAAGAAAUGCUCCGACUGUCCACUACUUUUCUGCUACAUUAUACAAACCUGAGGCAUUGAUUUAGUAAUCACGUGCUCUCUCUCUCUCUGGAAAGUCUUUUCUUUGUGCUCAGGUUUUUUGAUUCUUUCUCAGACAAUGGAAAACUACAGAGAAAAGGAGAAUCUGCCUCAAACAUAAGUUUCUUGUUUGUCAUUGUUCUCUUGAAUUUUUCUCUGUUCUCUGUCCGCUCAGUCUGGAGUCUGAGAGCAUGGAAAAAGUCUGAUUUUCAUGUGGACACCACGUGCAUUUCAGCAAAAAAAAUUUUAUAUACUAGGAUGUGAGUCAUUAAUACCAGGGGGCUGUUAUGAAUAAAUAACUGUGUUUUUCCCUUUCACUCUUCACUGUUGUUUAUGGCUUGAGGAUAUGCAUUAUUUAACUCUGUUGUUACCAAGAAAAUCCCAUUGUUCAGAAAUGAAGCCUGGUUCCCAUUAGUGAGUGGUUUUGCACUGAUUAAUGGUUGCUGAGAGAAGUGACAUCAUGUAAAUUAUCUUAAUGCGAUACUGCAAUCUUAGCUAUGAUUAUAAGUAUCCGGCUGUGAUGGGAACCUCAGUGAGAUUUCCUCCAAACAGAGAAAAUGUUGUGUGACAGUCUGAUGUCCGAAAGGUUUUUCUUAGUUGUGGUGUUGUGCUUGUUUAACACUCUUUAAAAGUUUUUAUCCUAUUUCAAUACUCAAUAAACAGCUUCUUUUAAGCUAACCAGAAAACCCAAAACACUGUGUAUUUACAGCAAUAAAUAACUAACCAACAACUGUAAACCACAUCUUCCAAAGAAGCUAGAACCCGCAAAUGUCUUUGUUUUUUCUUGGAGGAUUGUACAAAAAGUGAUUAAAGGAGGGUUAUAUAUGCUUUUCCACAUUUACAAUAAAAACUGCAGAGUUUCAAAGUUUGGUGUCCACACUUGAUGUAUGUUAAGUUUCAAAUCACAAGGUAAAUGUUUGUUGUCAUAAUUUUAGAAAGUAGAUGUAAACUGCUCAAAACGGGAGCCUGCGCAAUGAUGCGAGACCUGCUAAAAUGCUAUCGGAGGUAUCAAAAGCUCUCCUAACUAUUUUUAUCUGUGCUUCAGGCUAAGCAGAGUUAUACUGCUGUACUGAUUGAACACGACAGAGGGGGCGGAGCCAUAAUAUCGAGCUUUGCCCUAGGCCGGCUUCCGAAAAGCCUCCAGAGAGGUGGCCAAUCAGAAGAAAGUAGGCUUGUGGAAGGGGGGCCUUAAAGAGAUAGCAGCUUAAGUAAAGGUUUCCAGAUGGAGGCUGAAAUAAUGAUGUUUUAAGACACCCCAUUGAGAAAUGUGAGGCUUUUUUGAUCUGGAAAUCAUGUAAAGAUAUAAAAGAGGUAUCAGAGAAGAAGUAUACAGUCUGAAAAAAUGCCGCAAUUGGCGUUGUGAUAUGAUACCAUCUGUCAACUGUGCUUAUGUACAUCCAGGUUGCUUUGCCAUUAACAAGAACUACAACCCUGACUGGGAGGAAUGGCUGUGCUAAAGCUCAGACACAACAUAUGACCACCACCACCAUUUCAGUGACUUUAACUGGAGCAUGUUGACAUGUUGAUUUCUCUGAAUGUUUCUUCAAUCAAGCUGUUCAAGCAUAAUAUGUAUGUGCUGUGACAGACAGCAGCUCACUAUUGUUGAAGAAGAGCCAGGAAUAUCAGUCCAGGUUUCAUUGGUAGUGUCUCUAAUGAUUAAUUUUGAUGGCAAUACUGUAUGCCCAUUUCAGUUUUGAAAAAAGUAAUUUUUGUUAAGUUAUUUAGCAACAAGUUUUGUGGGGAAGGUGUUGUUUACAUUAGGAAUGUCAGAUGAAAUCACAUGAUUAUGUGGGAAACUGGAUCUCUGUGUUUAUGCUUUCCAGUAUGCAAAUGAAUGUGGUUCUGAUAGACAUUACAAAAUCUUUAAUAGGGGAAAAAGUUUUGGAUGAUGAAGAUGUGAAUCCAUUGUGUUUUUGUCCUGCAUUAUGAACCUUGAAUCUAUUGCAUGCAUUACUCUUAGCAAUGUGUGCAGCACAUGUAGCAGAGAAUCAUAGCUGAGCAGGCAAUGAUUUGCAUUACUACUUUGCACUGCAUGACAAAAUAACAUGACAAUACAAUGCAGUUUAAAAACAGUCCCCAGUGUCAUAUUGGGUCAAAGUUAUCAUAGAAAGUUUUCCUGCUCAAAUCAGCAAUCUUCCUGACUUAUUGUACCUUAAAAGUUGGUAUCAGGUUAAAAAUCACAUAUACCGGCCAAAAGUUUGGAAGCAAGAUCAGAUUUGUACAAAAAAAGAUCAUAGUUUCAUAUAUAUAAUUUGCAACACAAUAAACAUGACUAUUGUGUAAAGAGUAACUUAUCAGAAGACAUUUUGCCUAUAAUUAUUAGGUAUUUGAGUUAUUGUUGCUUAGACUUUGCUUUCGGAGAUGCUCCAGCCUUAUUGCCCACCCCGACCCCUAAGAUCAGCUGAUCAGCUUUUACUGACGGUCCCCAGUACUAGGCUGAAGCUCAGAGGGGACAGAGCGUUUGCUGCUGCUGCCCCUAAGCUCUGGAAUGAGUUGCCCUUGAAAAUUAGACAGGCCUCCUCAUUUCCUGUUUUUAAAUCCCUUUUAAAAACGCACUUUUACUCAUUGGCUUUUAGUACAUUGUAGUGUUAAUUUGUUUUUUAUCAUUUUAGCACUUGCUGUGAGCCUCCUUAUUUAUACACUUAUUUAUUCUUUUGCAUUACUGUAUUUCUGCUUGCGUUAUCUUGUUUUUUGAUUGUUUUAUUUGUUUUUAUGUCACUGUACAGCACUUUGGCCACCCUUGUGGUUAUUUUAAAUGUGCUAUACAAAUAAAGUUGAUUGAUUGAUUGAUUGAUUCUUUAAAGUAACCUCCUCUGGCUUUAACAACAGCUUGGCAUGUACCAGGCAUUUGUUCCACAAGUUUUUUAAGGUAUGUUCCAGGGAUUGCAUUCCAAGCUUUCCUAAGUCCUGAUUCGUGGGACGCGUUUUUCUGACCGAUUGAUCCAAUUCAUCCCGCACAAGCUCAAUUGGAGAAAGGUCUGGAGACUGAAGGGGCCAAACCAUUUUGAAGAACACCUUCCUCUUCUUUUUUGUCAAGGUAACCCUGACAGAGCUUGGCGGAGUGCUUAGGGUCAUUGUCUUGCUGCAAAACAAACUUAUGAGCCACAAGUCUUAGUCCAGAUGGAGCAGCAUGGUGCUGGAGGAUGGAGUGGUACUGUUCCUUCUUCAUGAUACCCUUUAUGUCAAAUGAAUCUUCUACUCCAUCACCUACAAAUCAUCCCCAUACCAUAGAACUACCACCUCCAUGCUGAAUUGUGGGUGUAACACAUGGUGCUUUCAGACGUUCACCAGUUUCUCUGCCGACAUUGACUCUGCGUUUUGAACCAAACAGUGCAAACUUGUUUCUAGUCAUCGUAAGUCCAAUUUUUGUGAGCUUUAGCCCACUCAUAUCUCUUUUUCUUGUUCUAUGGACGAAGUAGUGUUUUUUUGUAGAUACACAACCCUUCAGACCAGCCUUUCUCAAAUGUCAUUUCACGGUUGUCAGAGAUAUGGGUUUCGACCUUGUCAUGUUGAUUUCCUCCCUUAUUUUUGGUGAUGUCUUUCGCCGAUCUCUCUUACUGGUGACAAUGCUAUGUUAUCGUCUGCUUUUGUAGUAACUCUCUUUCGUCCAGGUCUUUUUCUAUCAUCAUAACUUCCAGGUUCCUCUAGUCUCUUCAGAGUGUAGUGGACUCCUUUGUUAAACACCUUUAGGCGUUUUGCAAUUUCUCUUUCUGUGUAUCCUUCUUUCCUCAAUGUACUCAGUUGCUUCUUUCUAGCCAUUUCUGCAAUAGUUUGAACGCAGUUGAGAUUUAUUAGGAUUUUGUCUGCAGACUCUCAAAAGCCAAAAAGUUGAAGUGAAUAAUCCAACUGUGAUUAGUUUUUUUGCUUUUGCACUGAAGUUGUGACUCUUGCAAAUGUUUUCAACCCUAAAACUAAGCCCUUAUUAUCUUUUGCUGACAUAUAUUUAGCAAUGGUCUGUUAACAUCAAUGUAUGUCUAAAGGUAAAUGGAGUAAAAUGGUGCAUUUCCAUGAAAGCAACAUCUGAUCAUGGAGCAAAUACAUCCCAAAAUACAUAAAACUCAUGCUGGAUUUUAAAAAAAAGCAUUGCGAAAAAAAACUUGAAGUCAUUCCCAACUGCUCGGCCUGUAAUAGCCUUGCUUCCAAACUUUUGGCCUGUAGUGUAGGUGGAUCAGAAAUCUCAUCUAAAUCCUCCUCAGUCUGUAAUGGACCUAAUGAAGAUGUCAUAGGUUUAUGCUGAGCUACAUUUUUGAUAUUUUUAAGUUCUUUGUUGGAUGUGUAGAGCUAUUUGCUGAGAAGAAUAGCUCUGGCUUGGCAGGAUUUCAAACUUGGUCUCUCCUGCUGGAGUCUCACCCUGCUGCCUGCCCUCUUUCAUUCAGAACAUUUUCACUGUCCCGUCUAGAUUUAUGGAAGUGCAGCUGAAGUUUCUGUUUAUAGAACCACCAAUUAUUGAAAACAAUUGCUUACAGCAGCUGUUUGCCUUCUCCUUGUUCUACCAGGGUGGAGAGACGUUAUGUGGAGAAGUACUGGAAGGAGGUGCGGGUUGGAGAUUUCAUCAAGCUGCGAUGCAACGAGAUUCUCCCCGCAGAUGUUCUGCUACUGAGCUCCAGUGACCCUGACCGCCUCUGCCAUAUCGAGACCGCCACACUGGAUGGAGAGACCAACCUCAAGCAGAGGCAGGUCGUCCGCAGCUUCUUCGACCUGGUGAGAUGGGUUCUCUUGCCUUUUUUUUGUCUAUGAGUUUAUAAUUGGUCAAUAUCGUAUGGCUCAAUACUUUGCACUUUGAAGGAAGAGUUCACCCAAGAAAAGAAACCCUUCCCAAAGCCAGGUCAUUUAUCAGAUUUUAAGAUGCAAAUACAUUUCUCAUGUUGCUUUUUUAUUUAUGAUUUUAAGAGUGAUAGAUAUGACACUUGCAGCAUAUUGCUCACAAACUUGCAGGCAGCACAAAUUUACUUAAGCACUAGAUGUUCUGCAUAAAACCCAAAUACCUUAUAGCUGUGUCAGCAGUAAUUUAUUCAAAGGUGGAGAAAAGUUUUGCAGAUGAAGUGGCAUAGCCAGUCAGUAAUUCAGUUAUUCUUUUAUAAUGUAUGCAGCAUUAUGGGACUAAACACAGUUGUGUUACAGUUUGCAAAAAUCAGAUGAUUUGUUUGGUUUUUACAGUUUUUAUUAUCUGGAUUGCUGUGAUCUUCAAUUUGUACUACAAUUAAAUCAGGCAUGUCUCUGUAGUGGAGCUCACUGCAAAGCCUCAAAUUUAUCUUUGAACACAGUUUCUCCAAGCAUCCAUACAAGCAGUCAAAAACAACCGUUCAAAGAGGAAAACACAUCUAAACCUGAAUGAGACAAAGUGGAAACUUUCAACUGUGACUUUUCUUCAUAAAGACCUUAAAGACCUACUGCUUAACCUGAGCAGUACAGGGGCUCCACAAGGGACAGUGCUGGCGCCAUUCCUGUUCACACUGUACACGUCAGACUUCAAAUACAGUACUGAGUCCUGCCACAUCUCAGAAAUACUCAGAUGAUACUGCUAUUGUGGCAUGUAUGAGAAAUGGACAAGAAGCUGAAUACAGAGAUCUAAUAAGAGCCUUCAGUGACUGGAGUCACAAAAACUGCCUCCUCCUCAACACCUCAAAGACAAAGGAGAUGGUCAUAGACGUCCGUAGAUCCAAACCCCCUCUACAGCCAGUAAACACCUGUGGAGUGGACAUCGAAGUGGUGACAUCGUAUAAAUACCUAGAUGUACAUCUGGAUAAUAGGUGGGACUCUUCUAAGAAUAUGGACUUCAGAGCCGCCUCUUUUGCCUGAGAAGACUCCGAUCAAUAGAUAUCUGUAGUAAGAUGCUGCAGAUGUUUUAUCAGUCUGUGGUGGAAAGUGUUCUACGCUGCAGUCUGCUGGGGAAGAAGCAUCAAACACAAAGAUGCAAGACGUCUUAACAAACUGGUGAAAAAGGCUGGCUCUGUGGUAGGACUCAAGCUGGACUCAGUGGAGGAUAUGGUGGAGAGAUCUACACUGAGGAAGGUGGAGACUAUUCUCAAGAACAUGGAUCACCCACUUCACAACACCUUGAUGGACCAAAGGGCAAAUGGUGGUGGACGGUUCCUCUCUCUUCGCUGCAGGACAGAAAGAUUUAGAAGAACUUUUGGGAUUCAUACUCUACACAAGACUGCUUUAAACAUUUGGCUUUACUGUCUCCCCCCAUCUUUUUGUUCCACUGCAACGUUUGGUCUGUAUCUGCAAACUCGUAGUGGACAGGCAGAAAUAUGGAUGAGAGCAUAUAUCUGUGGUCAUGUUUAAAAAUACCAACAAAAGACAAUGUGCUUCAUUGAAAAGCAAAGUAAAAAACAAUAGUUUGUCACAGCAAAGUCUGAAUUUUUGGUUUUAACUUAAGCCCUGUUCUUGUACAAUAACCAGUCAGUUUUAGGAUUUCGAAUUUGGGGUGCAAGAACACAAAGAUGCAAGACGUCUUAACAAACUGGUGAAAAAGGCUGGCUCUGUGGUAGGACUCAAGCUGGACUCAGUGGAGGAUGUGGUGGAGAGAUCUACACUGAGGAAGGUGGAGACUAUUCUCAAGAACAUGGAUCACCCACUUCACAACACCUUGAUGGACCAAAGGGCAAAUGGUGGUGGACGGUUCCUCUCUCUUCGCUGCAGGACAGAAAGAUUUAGAAGAUCUUUUGUACCAACAGCCAUCAGGCUUUAUAACUCUUGUGUAAAUAAUAGAUAACUUUUAGAGACAUAUUACGAGAGACAACAGACAAUUGAAUAUCCCUUCGGGGAUCAAUACAUUUCUUCUUAUUCUUCUUAUUCUUAUUAUUUUGACAGGACAGUGCCAAAAUAUAUUCUGAACACCACAGUUUACAACAGCGUUACUCUGUAGUAGAAGAGUCUGGGUACUCAACUGGCCUGCCUGCAGUCAGAAUAUAGUUGGGCAGCCUGCCCAGGUAUCAUCAAACACGACCCCUCAUCAAGUUCACUCUGGGUCUCAAAAAUGGUGUCAACACCUUAAAACCCUGCAAUAGGAUUUGUUUAUGUAAUGUUUACAUUGAAAGAAACUGCAUCAGAUAUGAAUGACCUUGUUUAUCUUAUGAGACGUAUCAGCAAUUAAAUGAAUUUACUUACACAAAGGUUACAGUGGUUUCCUGUCUUUGUUAAAACUGUGUCAGAAACAUCCUGUGCAAGUUCAAAAUAACAAGUACAUUGUUAUUUUGUGAUGCUUUAUAUAGAGGUAUUUUUUUAAAUAAGCUGAUAGUAUAUUUGAUAUUACAAAAUCCAUCAGGAGUACUUGGCUAACUGUGAAUGAAGAAAAUGUGAGCUGUUUUGAUUGAGUUUGUCAGAAAACUUUGGUCUGAAUAAUCUGUGUCUGUUUCUGUUUGCAGGAUUGUGAUUUUGACCCUUUAAAGUACUACAGCAUUAUUGAAUGUGAGAAACCAAACAACGACCUGAACAGAUUCAGAGGCUACAUGUGAGUACUCUUUCUCGUUAUGGCCUCCUCUGUGCGGUGUAGGAUUAAGGCUUUAUAUCCGUCAAACACAUGCUGCUCCACCUCUAACGUGUUGACUCACAUGAGUAGUUUCAGGUUUCAUUUUUGUUUCACUGUAGAUUAAUGAAACUACAUUUUAGGUCAUGUUGAGCUCCAAAAUGGAAAUAAUGUGAAAGUGUGGUUUGUUAUGAAGCCAGGAGUUUCUAACUUAUCAUUAUGACUUAAACAGUUUUUCCAAGUCAGAGUUACGAUUUGCUUUCUUGGGAUGUGGUUGCAGGGUUUUCCCAUUUAAAUACGUAUGUGUUUUCUCAUGGCAGCAGCUGCAGGGUGCAGCCUGAUCACUGUAGCUGUAGUUCAGAGAGGUUUGGGAUUCAUUUGGCAACACAAACAAGCUGCCCUUCACUGUCAGCUGGUUUCCUGUGUUUCACCUUACUUCCGUUUGUCUGUUUGCCGCAUGUUAGACGUUAGGGGGUAUGUUUUUAAAGAAGCAAAGAAAGGAGAAAAGCUUGACUAAGUUUCAGAAAUGACUCAUCCUGAUGUUAUUCUCUGUCCUUGUGUUUUAUCCCUAACAUUACAGAGACAAAAAAGCACUCUGUGAAUCUGUCAAAAAGAUUUAAGCUUUGCUGCCUGUCCAAGUCCACAUUUGAAUCUUAGUUGUAAUCUCCAUGAGCUGUCAGCCACCAGGAAGCCUCUGCAUCCACCCAGAAACAGUUCAGCACAUAAACAGAGGUGUGAAACCACAACAUGGAACACCUUUUCCUCUCUGUUUCAGAUGAAACAGGUGAUAAAAGCUGGUAAAGUUACCCUGAAAUUCACAGUAAACUUCGAAUACAUAUGCAGGGCCAUGUCCAGAUGUUUCUGCCAAAGGUGGCCAAUAUGCUGCACUGACAUAUUCAGGGGUGGCAUUCUUUAUGUGCACACAUUAAUGAGUGUCAGUCAUUUACCUGUCCAGUCUUCAGCAAUCAUGUCUACUUUGACAACUAACAUUAUAGUUUCACACAAAUUUAUAUUCCAUUGUAUUUCUUUCUUACCUCAAAUGCUCAUUUUUGCUCCAUUUAUAAAUGAAAAUAGAGCCGUACGUUUGAAAUGGUAUGAUCACUACUGUCCUCAAACUUUAAAGCACCCUUUGGUUGGAAAAAAAACUUAAGUGAUACAUCUGCUAGAUGGUGCUGCUCAGACUCAUAAGUUAACCCAACAGAGAGGGAGAGAGAGAGGCUCAAUCAAUCCAUCAAUCCGUCUUUAUUUGUAUAGCGUGAAAUCUUGACAAGAUCAGACUCUAUUUACGAAGACCUAAUGUAAAGAUGGGAUAAGAUUAAGACCCAUCUUGUAAGAUCAGACCCACUUUCAUCCCAUCUUUUACCACAUGAGUGUAGCACUUUGCAGCAUUUAUCAAGUUACAGAGGAAAGGAAGAACUUUCUUUAACAGGUUGAAACCUCAAGCAGAACCAGACUGAUGUUAGAUAGUCAUCUGCUGAGACUGAGCUGGGUUUAGAGAGGGGAGAGAGGGAUGGACAGAGGAGAGACUGAUGAACAUAGCUGAAGCAGCUGAAAUGCAGGCAGGUCCAUGGCAGCAAAACAUUAGCAGCAGCAAUCCAGAGGAACGUACAGCAUGAUGGAGCUCAGGGACUCCCUGAAAGGAUUGUGUAUUAGUGACUCUGAUGGGAAAAGAUGAUUCACAGUUUGUGUUACAGACAGAAAAAGGAUGAAAAAGGAGAGAAAGGAGCCCAAUGUGCCAGAACUCCUGUCCAUCUAACCAUAGAGCAGCAUAAGCUCUAAGAUGAGUCAACAGCAUAUUUCACUAACAAACAUUGGAGGUAGUGUUGAAGACGGUGGUCUGUGAUACCAAUCACAGAUAUCACAAUAUAUGGAUGAGGAAUUAGAUUUUUCAGAGAAUGAUUUUGUGAUUCAUACUCUACACCAGACUGCUUUGAACAAUUGGUUUUACUGUCUCCCCCAUCUUUUUGUUCCACUGCAACGUUUGGUCUGUAUCUGCAAACUCGUAGUGGACAGGCAGAAAUAUGGAUGAGAGCAUAUAUCUGUGGUCAUGUUUAAAAAUACCAACAAAAGACAAUGUGCUUCAUUGAAAAGCAAAGUAAAAAACAAUAGUUUGUCACAGCAAAGUCUGAAUUUUUGGUUUUAAUUUAAGCCCCGUUCUUGUACAAAAACCAGUCAGUUUUAGGAUUUGGAAUUUGGGGUGGCCAAAUUUUUAGCAUGUUUACUGUGUUUUCAUCUAAUCCUCAGCAAGAAGUAAAUGUAGGAUUAUUAAUAGAUUAGAUUAGAUAAGAUACAAUUUAAAUCUAUUUUUAUUUUUUCAUGCCCACAGCUGCAAAAAUGAAGAUGUUUCUAUUGCAUUCAGACUUUUUGUCAAGUGCAUUCAUAUCAAUCUCUUCUGUUGAAAUGUGAAAGAAAAAAGGCUUAUAAUUGGAGAGGCCAUAGAAAUGAAUCCUGUUUAUUUCAGAAAAGAUUUUUGAUGCAUACAUUUUAGGUUGAAGUUGUUCCAGGGGAAUCUGUAAUGAUGAAUUUAUAAUACCUAAAUCUUACUGCAAUGCUUACAUCUGCCAUUUUCUUUUGCUCUGACAUUUUAAUAUAACUGUCUUUGGCCUGCUUGGUUUUUAAACCCUUGUGUGCCUGUGGAUAAUGUAUCUUUGGUUUUGAAAGGCACUGGAUUUAGUUAUUCUUCUAACUACUCGUUUUUGCCAUAGACUGUUGUGGAUUUCUUAGACCUUGACUUUGCUGGGUGUUUCCUCCCAGUCUUUCCACUUCGUUCCCUCACUGAGACGUGUUGGACGAGUCUGUGUGAUGAAACAUGUCCAGAGAAAGGCCUCUCAGUGACUAGUGCUCACAGGAUUAUGACAUUUAUUCUUUGCACAGUAGGAGAGCAGAUGCUGCAGGUAUUCAGUUGCCAGGUUACAGAGGAGCCCAGUGGCUGAGUGGAUGACAGGGAGGAUAGUUGUCUCAGCAGUGUUUUAUUACAUUACGGCCAACGGCACUGAGUCUAAUCUCUCCACCUCUCUGUCAGAGAAAGCACACUGCGUCUUAGAGUGUUAUCAAUUUCAUGAACAGAAUGAGCUAGGAUCCAGGACGAGUUGUGUGUGUGAACUAUGUCCGCUCACAGCUCAGGGACGAUGUUAUUAAUCUAUAAUGGUGACGUGUUGGUGGACCUUCUGUCAGGGGCCAAAGGAUGAACAGUCAUGUUGGUAAACAUGCUGACAGCGAUGUGACUUUGAUAACACUCUGCUUCUAGCCGAAGGUUGUGGGCUGAUUAAAAAUCCUGUGAGGACUUUUUAGUUGGUUUCAGUACAGAUAUCUCUUAGUUAGGGCUGCAUAUCAUGACUGAAUUAUUAUUUAAAUAAUAGGUUCACUAAUUGGGUGAUGAAUGGCACCUCACUCUAUUUGGUUUUAAAUAAAAUAAUAAUAAUAAAAUCUUUCUUGAAGUCAUAUCCCUGUCUUGGCUUUUGGCAUUACAAGUGUCACUGUAAGAUUGGUGAUUUUGUUACAGUAUGUAUUGUGGUUACUUUGGUAACGUGGCAAGUGUUUGCUCUAAUGGCUUGGAUAGGAGAGGAAACGGGAAAAAUAAGCUGGAGAGACAGACAGAUGAAGUGUGGUAGGGAAAAAGUUUGAAGAUAAGAGACUGAAAAUGGCUCCAACUCUGGACUGUAAAGUUCCUCUCACAUUAGCAGCGUGGACUGCGCAGGGCCCACUUUGAAAAUGUUGCAACAGUUGUCAAUAUUUUUCAACCCGAUGCUCCAUGUAGAGCUUUCAUGGUGUCAGAUUUUUAAAAGCAUUCAAAAAGACAUUUGAAACGCUAUCUUGCUGACCUGACACUUUGAAAUACUUCCUUUAAGCAGAUGUGUUGAAGCUCUUGUGUUAGUGUAUGUGGGCUCUCAUCAUGUGCAGAUAAUUUCUCACCAUUUUUGCAGUGAAUAACAGCAAAAAAUUUUAUUUUUUUUUUCUAACUUUUUGUUUUGGAAAUUUUUGUCUUUAUUAUAUUAGACAGCUGAAGACAAUGUGGGGAGUAGAGAGUGAGAGAAGACAGUAGGGGUGGGAAUCACCAGUGGCCCCACGAUAAGAUAUUAUCACAAUACUUGAGCCACGAUACGAUAUUAUCAUUAUACUUGGGCCAUAAUACAAUAUUAUUGCGAUUUUUAACAUUUUGAGAUACAGUGAGUAUUGCAGUGCAUUAUAUUGCGAUCUAUAAUUUUUUUCAACUGUUCAGCUAAUUUAGCAUUUGUCUUUCUUUUGUGUUUGUAUUAUUCACAAUGUAUUUUAUUUUCAUGUAGCACAUCUUGCAAACCUUAUAUAUAUAUUUGUUGUACUAACUUUCUCCUGCUCUAUUAUGUCACCUCUGCCAACCUCACUAGACAGUUGAUUUUUCCAUUAUCAUAGAUUUGACUUCAUAAUAACAAUUAAUUUGAAAAAAAAAAAUAGAUACUUGGUAAAUGAGAGAAUAAGAUAUAUCACCAGACAAAAUAUUGAGAUACUGUGCUGUAUCAAUUUCUUUCUCCCGCCCCUAGAAGACAUGCAGCACAGAGUCAUGGCUGUGAACAAACCAGCCACUGCUGCAACAAGAACUAGAACCUCUGUACGUGGGGCUCUUCGACCACUAGGCCAUCGAUGCCCCUGCAGAAGUCCUUAUAUCGGCUAAUACCAAUAACACUGAUUAACUUUUUAGUAUUUAUCGGCAGAUACUGCUGUCAUGCUGAUAUCCUAGAUCCCUGAAUACCACUGUAUUACAACAUCCCUAUUCCCGGUCAGUGUUUUGCAUGUGCACUUCUUAGCAGAGGUAGUAGGGAUGCCAAACAGCUCAAUCCCCAGCAGCUCAGUGCCAGAAAAUGAUUUUAUGCUCGCUGACACUUCAUGAAAAACACGUGCAAUGAUGUAACCCACCAAUUAUCUACAAUUAAGUUCAUCUGCAGCUGAUUAUGUCUUAACCUUAGUCCACAAUGUUGACUCACUGUUGCACCACUUCUCUGCUAGAGCUACAGAAGCAAACAAGAUGGAUUAUUUCUACAUCCCUGCUUUAAUGCCUGUAACCUCUAGGAUGGGGUAGGAGUCAGGCGAGGCAAUUUACAACAUCUCACCGAAACAGCUUUUUUAUGUGUAAUCAACUGCAAAUAUCCACAAUGAAGGACCGCCUAAAGAAAGAAGGAUAAGACUUAACAUCUUAAAUUACUAUUCAUGUUUGCAUAAGCCAAAACCAGCAAAGAGAUGAGAUGGGGGUGCCACAAUAAACACAAACUGAAACUACCUCACAGGAGCUAUAACAAACACACUUGGAAUCCUUUGUUCACCAACAGGAUCAUUGAAAUCCUAGCUGUCAUACAUCAGUGACUUAUUUCCCCCAGUUAAAGCUGCUAAACAUAAACACCUCACUUUAGGUCAAAAGGCGUCUUGUACGAGUGUUUAAACUUCCUUGGUGGGCUGGCUGAGAAAUGAAUUUAGCCUUUCAUUGAAGCCUCAGAUGAGCCUCUAAACGCAGGAGUCUGAAGUGAGAUCUGAGGGUCAGGGACGGAGCAGUGAAUCGCCUGAUUGACUGUAAGCCCGGGGGGGUUCUGUGGAGCAACACUGCAGCCAGGGUUUCUAUUUCAGAGCGAAUUUGUGCUGAGAUAAGGGCGGCUGCUGGGGAAAGACCAUGAUGCUUUGGAGCGUGAUUGAUUGAGGCGCUCAGCAGAAAUAACUGAUGUUGUCUCUGGUGCUUUGGUGUAGACAGAUGCUAUUUCUUCCAGAGCGUCAGUAUUUUAGAAGAAUAACCCACAUACUUACACACCUGAGUGCGGCUUUUUUCCUGAUCAUUUGUCUAAAUGCCUUAAAGGUUCACAACAAACUAUUUCUAAAUUUUUGCUAUAUCUUCUUUGGGUAAAUAGAAAUAAAAUCACUCUCACUCUCUACUCCCUAAAUAAACACCAGUUUGUGUCACAGAAUAUAUAAGUUUCUGGUCACUGUCCUGGCAGUUUUGUUUAGUUCACUGAAAAUAAAGAAAAUUGUCUUGGACCUAAAAUCUAAUAGGAGUUAUGCAAGUUAAUAAUUUUGAGCCAAAACAGAAAAUCAAAUAGUGAAAAAGUUAAAUACAGAGUUAAAAUGAAUCCCAAACCAUUCAUAAUGUGUUUUUAUCUACAUCGCAUGAAGCCUCACCUUUUUCAGAAUGAAGGUCCUACCCAAAAUUAGGUUUCAGGUUUAUGUGGAUAUUAUAAUAUAAAAUUAAAAUGUUACAGUGAUCUAAUGUAGGGCCAUGCUUCAAGUAUUGAUACAGUCAGUAGUUUUUGAAAAAGAAGGGGAAAUGUUAAAGCAACUCAUUUGUCAGACAUCUAUUUUCCACUACUGGGGCUGGUGGUAAUUCAGCACCACUGCCAGAUGAUGAAUUUAGGUGACAGUAAAACUGAGAAAACUGCAGAGACUCCUGCAGCUGAAGAGCACUGUUUUGGAUCCCCAAAGUUAAAGUACAGAUCAAACUUUCUUAAGUGAAGGGUUGCGUAUUAUGAGUCUAUCAAUCCCUCAUACAUAGAGACAGGUACCCAACAGAAAGGAGGCGACCAUUCGAAUAAUCAUUUAGUAAUUCCUCAGGACUAUCAAAUUUUACUUAAGUGUCCCAUUCUGACUGUGAUCAACAAGUUUAAAUGUAGGUUUGAAUUCUGUCUUGUUUUUCAACCCCACAGAAUCCAUCGAAGUGGCAGAAGAGAUGCACUUUACAAAGAAAACCUGCUGCUGAGAGGCUGCACCAUCCGCAACACAGAGGAGGCUGUGGGAAUAGUCAUAUACGCAGGUUAGCCCCCAGAAGAAUCAUCAGUAUAAAACACAACUGACCUCAGGUCAGCUGCUUCUAACAUGCUGUUGGUUUGUUGGUUUGUUUGUUUUUUUUUUUCAGGUCAUGAGACCAAAGCCAUGCUGAACAACAACGGCCCGCGCUACAAGCGCAGUAAACUGGAGAGACAGAUGAAUGUAGAUGUGUUCUGGUGUGUCAUCAUCCUGCUGGUCAUGUGCCUGUUUACUGCUGUUGGUGAGUAUUAGUGUAAUCUUGAAGAGUUUCAAUUAUAAAUCUUAGUUUUCUUUAGAGUAGAUGUUAUAAAACAGAAAAUCCCUCCUUUUCCUGUGUUUACUGAGCUCUUUAUUUAUACCUCCUCCUCUCAGUGUUUAUAUGAGUUGACCUUGUCCUGUUGCUGUUCCAGGUCAUGGGCUGUGGAUGUUUCAGUACGGAGAUAAGAGGCCAGUGUUUGACGUCCUCAGUCCAGAGGGGACAGACUUAUCACCCAUCAUGUCCGCUAUUUAUCUCUUCCUCACCAUGAUCAUCGUCUUUCAGGUACAAAACAGACACAAGGAGCUGAGAGAUGCAGAGGCACAGAAACAGAUAUACACAUGACACUCAGUAUCAUUAAGUUUGAAAUGUUUUAUCCCGCUUAACGUAAGCACCGCCGUAAAUCAAACACUGGCAGUUGCUAUUGCAGCCCCCCAGGCUGGGUGACCUCUAGAUUUUUAUCCCAACAUUGAAUGUGAGAAAGCAGUGAGGCAGAGCUGCAAACUAAUCUCUAUAAUACAGGAUCAAAAUAAGGAAAAGUGCCACCUGACAGCUAUUGAUUAGUUUGAGUUUUUUCUGCUGCCAUGCCAGAACCGUCAGUGAAAAUGUCACUCUGUCCUGUGUCAAAUGGUGCAGCCAGUCCCUGUGGGCUUUUGAAAUAAAUGAGGAGUCAAAAGGGAUAGCUGACAGUUUGGAAACACUGUGCAAACAGUAUAUGUUUGAGGUAGGAGACCCUGCAGUAUUGCCAGACAUUGCUGAUACACUUUCAAAUAAACAGACACCUCACCCGGGCACAGAGACUGUGCAGGCCGAGCUGCCCUCCUCAAAGCUGUGACUCAUUUCUGCAGAACUACUUUCUAUAACUGCUUCCAGGAAAUGUCUCACCCUGGAUUACAGCUUUUUUUUAGACAAGCAAGUAUAAACCCUAGACACUUGCUUAUAAUUUCCUGAAUAAUUUAAACUUGGCCUAUAGAAAUAUAACAGAUAAGCUGCAGGUCUGCACAACAGUACCACUUUUUAUACAGAUGAAUGCAGGAUGACACGGUGAAGAAGAUCCGCAGAUGUCCAAGCUUUGCUGUUUUAGUCUCCACCGAACAACAUCAGAACAAGGCUGUAAAACAUCUCAGAUUAACCCUGUGUGCCUGGGCUGAGAUGCAGUUGCAUGAGUUUAUUUAAGGGUUAAUGUAUAAGAUGAAGUCAUUUAUGUGAAUAAAACCCCUGGAAAAGGGAGCAAAACAUUGGGAUCAUUUCUUGUUAACCUGCUACAAACUUAAGACAUAAACAAGCUGACACAGCGCCUAGAUUAGACAUACAGGAAAUGUCAAGAAAAGAGGUCAGUGGGGGUAGGGAAGGGGAUCACGAAUUUUCAUUGAUACUGAUACUAUCAAGAAUCCUGAAUUAUCCUCAUUGAUACUGCUUGGAAGUCUGUUUUAUUGUUUAUUGUUUUCUAAUUGUCCUUUUCAUACAGAUCAUUCCCCAGAAAACAGUUUUUCUUUUUUGUGGAAAUGACAUUUUAACACUUAAUGACAAUGUCAUACUCUUACUUAAUUCUCUUUCACUGACUCAAUCUUAAACGCCUCACAGUGUAAUUAUAUGUUAACUUGUUAGUUUUAUAGUAUAUAUUAGGGCUGGGCAAUAUGGCCUCAAAUCAGUAUCACGAUAUAUUAAGCAGUUCAACUCAAUAACGAUAAAUGGAGGAUAAUUACUCCACAAGCUGCCCACCCCCUCCCACAUUAACUUUGUCUACUCCAGCCGCUACAACUUUUGGACCGUCCUCCAUCUCCUCACCUGUCUUUCCCGCUUUCUAACUGACUGGAUGGGGUGGAGUCACAUCUCUGACGUAGGACAGCGUCUUAAAGAGACAUGAGACCAUAGCCUGCCUACACACAUUCAAAACCAACUUUUAUUUAUUUAUUUAUUAUUUUGACACCGAAUAUACCGAUGUUGGUUAGGGUUAGGGUUAUUAUUUGGAAUCUGUAAAUUUUUGGUUUAUCGCCCAGCCCUAGUAUAUAGUUAGAUGAAUCUACAGUUUUUCUGAAACGCUUCAUGCAGCUGCAGUUGUAGAAUCCUUGGUUGGCCGUAGUGGGUAAUGAUCACUGUAAAAUAAGAGCUCUGCUGCUGUUCUGACUCAAUCUCUGUCCUUCCCCAGGUGCUGAUCCCCAUCUCCCUCUUUGUGUCGAUUGAGAUUGUGAAGAUCUGCCAGGUGUACUUCAUCCAUCAGGACAUGGAGCUGUAUGACGAGGAGACCGACUCUCAGCUGCAGUGUAGAGCUCUUAACAUCACUGAGGAUCUUGGUCAGAUGCAGUACAUCUUCUCUGACAAGACUGGCACACUGACAGAGAACAAGAUGGUGUUCCGCCGCUGCACUGUGGCAGGGGUGGAGUACUCCCAUGAUGCAAACGGUGACACAAGCCAGCGCACUCACUUACACACCCUUGCAAUAACAUUAAGCAAUUGUUUCCUUAUUAAGUAACUCUUAAUGACGUGUCUGUGUCAUCCAGCUAGGAGACUUGCCAUGUACCAGGAGAUGGAUUCAGAGGAGGAGGAGUGUACGUCUCACGGUGGCACCCUGCCCAGGCGGGACAGCGUGGCGAGUCAUCAGAGCGCCCGUGUGGUGCUGCGCUCCCAAAGCACCAAGUCUCAUCGCAGGACGGGCAGCAGGGCGGAGGCCAAGCGAGCCAGCAUCCUGUCCAAGCACACGGCCUUUAGCAGCCCCAUGGUAAGUGUCUCUCACUACCACAGCGUUCUCCUCCUCGUUCUCUGUGCUGUGUGAUUCCUCGCUAACAAACCGUCCUGUGUCCUGUAGGAGAAAGACAUCACCCCCGACCCUCAGCUCCUGGACAAAGUCAAUGAAUGCAGCAGUCAGAUGGAAUUCAUGCGCUUCCACAGCCAGCCCACGUCCCAGCUGCCCUCCGACCUGGCCGACAUCAUUGAUUUCUUCAUCGCUCUCACCGUCUGCAACACGGUGGUGGUGUCCUCUCCCAACCAGCCCAGACAGAAGGUAAAACCCACCUCACAUGAAUCAGACUUUUUCAGGGUACCAUAAAAGCUUGUUAUUUUCUGUUAUUUCUUAGGAAUCAGUGGAUUUGUUGAGUGAGUCAGUUUGGCUGCGUGACAGUGUUUUUGUCAGGUAUUUUUUUAGUGAAGCUGUUUGUCAACAGCCUUUAGAUCUCGUCUGAUUCUCUUGUUUUGAGGCCUUAAUUCUACCUAGAAUUUUCUGAGUCAGAGCUCAACAGGAGAGACUCUCAUUUUUAACAGAAAAAUAAAAAAAUCUCAUAAACUGAGAUUUUCUGAAAAUCUAUCGAGUGUAUUCUGUAUAAGGAACCUUGACAGCUAUUGGAAAGGACACACUAAAAACCUUGUCUAUAAAAUAACUUUAAAAACCUCUUACCUAUAAAAAGACCAGGAACAAAUCUAAGAUGAGAGAAGCUCAGUAUGCAGCCCUUCUGGAUGAAAACAGAAAACAGACUUUGAACUUUUGUUUCAGCACUUUCACUGUUUUCAGUCAAGGAUUCUGCUUGUUUUGUAGAGCAUAGAAGGAGACUCCUGUUGCCUCGCAGAGGUUUUGAUGUACACAGGUUACAUCAAAACUUUAAAAUACUGCAUACACAAAGACAACAUCAAAAAAGUCCCAAGCAGCCUGUUGCAUCAAAGCUCAGCUGAUUUAUUUAGUAUUUGGAGGCGGACACUUGAAUGUCUGGUGGGGCCCGGGUCCCUCCGUCCACCCACUGAAUCUGUCCUGUUUCACAGUGUAAACUACCUGAGCCCAUCCAGCUCAUUGUACACACCAUUAGACUGAAGGAGACGCCUGUUAUGCAACAUUCUGGAUGCAAACACAGGGCUCAGCUCAGACAGCUACGUUUGCACUUUUACACAAGUUCAGCCAGAUGUUGCCACAUGCCCUAUCUGGAGCUCAUGCAUGUGUUUUAAGCUUUACUGUACUGCCGUUGAAAUAAAGAUAAUGGAUCACAUACAUGGUGCAAUAGAAGGGUUUUUUUUUUUGUUGUUGUUUUUUGUGCUGCUGACACAGACGCUCUCUGUCUGGAUUUGAAGUUCUGAUGCAUGCUGUAAAUGAUAAUAUAAUGAUAAAGUUUAUUUAUAAAGCACUUGUUAAAACAGAUGUUAUACAUGUGAAAGCCAGAGAUGAAGUUAUAAAAUCAGGAGACAUAAUAGAAAGGCAUGAUAAACCAAAGAUGACCCAGCUCACAACAAUGGGCAGAAAAACAUGAUUAACUAAUAGAGGUGGAUGUACAAAGAUCAUUAAAACAGUGGAAAAAUAUAAGAAACAAUAAACACUCUAAAUAAAUGAAGCACCAUGAAUAAAAAGUAGAAAUAAAUAGAAGGCCUUCCUGUAAAACAUUUUUUCAGACAUAAUUUAAAAGAAGAAUCUGAUGUGGCUAAAUGACUCAGCUCUGCAGUUUUUUUGAUUAUACGGUCUCCUCACCUGCUUUAUUUAGGCAGCUGAGGAGAGCAUGAGUUCAUAAUGUGUAAAUUCUCUAGGUUUAUUCAUGCUAAAGAGAGACUGCAGUCUGUAGUUCUGAUUUUGGCUGAUAAUCCACAGAGCUGAAGAGAAGGAUCAAGCUUCAUAAUGAAAGCUUUGUCCCAUUUCAUCACUUUGGUCCACUGUGACUGAUUCACUCUGUCGAUGUCCACUGCUUGUGACAUGAGUUUGGACUUUUGUCACUGUGAGUCUGCGUUACGGUUCUGAUUGCAUUUUGAUGUCUAUGUUAGAGCUAAAUAAGACAAAUGAGGCUUUAUGGAGGUUUGCAGUCGAAGCUGGAAAAUAAUACAUGAUUAAUUUACAUUAGAAAUGUAUUCAAGCGUAAAGGGCUCGAGAGUAAUCACAUGCAAUAAUGUUGACCGUCCUACCACAAAUCAAAAGUUACUUUCAGACAGGGAUGAAAGUCUGCAUGUUUGUACUUCAUGGAGUGACUGAGAGCUCAUUUAUACUAUUGUCCCUUUAGGAAAAGCUGAAGUUAGACUCAGCGGCAGGAUUGUCUUCAGUUUAAUACAACUGUAAUGUACAGUAUAAAUGUACCUGCCAAAUCAAUAGCAGCCUCCACAUCCUCUGCUUUUCUUUGUGUGCACUAAUGUCACUUAAAAGUGUGUAUGUGUAAGUACAGCUUUAAUCUUGAUUUGGAGUAAGUUGUUGAAUUAUUAGUUUUUUCCAGUCAGUUUGAGAAUAUCAAGAAUAAACAACCACUGACAAGAGGUCACAAGUUUUUACCACCUCCUCGGGUAUCUUAUUGAGUAAGGUUUCAUAACAAGUGUGGAGAAGGGUUUAUUUUAAAUGAGAUCCCACAUUGCUGUUUUUUUAACCAUGACUGAAGAAGCUCCAGAUUUACUGCAUGUAACAGUCAAAAAAACUCUCUCUUUGCAUGUCUCUUUCAAUCAUUUGCUGCCCAUGUCUUUGAAGAUUUCGGUGCAGUCGCUGUUGUGUAUCCGUGUUUUGUUGUGUUUUAGUGGGAGUCCGGGUGUGGUCGUCCUGUUCAGAGGUGAUAUCCUCUGUGUGUUCACCAGCUCGCUCUGCUGCCAGUCAGACAGAGCCAGCCUCACUCUGAGACACAUUAGUCAUGCUCUCUGUGUUUCUGUUAGGAGGUUUUCUGAUCAGAUGAACAGAAAUAAAAUCUGCUCUGAGCUUGUUCUUUAUUUUCUCUCUUUAUUGCCUCUUGCUUCGAGUCCUUUGUGCCACUGUAAUUGUUCCUAUUUUAUUAUGAAGCCCUCGUGGCUAACUCUCCACCUGUUUAAUGAUUUAUAUGUGAGAACUUUAGUGAGUCACUCUCUCUGCUAUUGUGCUGCACCAUCUCAGGAAAAAGGAUUGGCUCGAGGAGAACAGCCAGGAGGUGCAUUUUCAUCAGUGCUGAAAUACUAUAGGGACAGAUUUUUCAAUGGCAUUUACAGGCUGAAAUACACAAAAACACUGAUACAGAGUGUAGAGAUAAAAGUUCAUUGGUUUCCAAUGUGAUGUUAAUGAUUGAUAAUUAAUAAUUGUGGUAAUUUCCAUGAUCAUGGACCUUAUUGAUCUGCUGAGUGAUGUUGCUGUGUAAUGAGAGCUGAAUUUUAGAUUAAAAUAAUUGACCAGCACUAGGCCUGUCGCGAUAAUCAAUAAAUCGCCUUAUCGCUCGAUAAAUAAAAACGAGGUCGGUCAUUUUGCCAGCCUCGAUAAUUUACGUGCGUUUGUUUUCCUCCUCUCUCGCUACCAAACACGCUGGAUGAGAGAAGAGGUCUCACUCUGCGCAUUUUUCUCGGCACCUGGGGGCGUUGGCUCUAUAGCGGAAUGAACGGAGUUAGUGAACCCUCCUGUCAGUCAUUCAGUGUCUUUGUUACGAGGGGGCGCGCGCACAGGUACACGUAGGCGCGCACAGGCACACAGACACAGAGUUUUGGAUACAGUGCUGCAAGUGAGCGUCGUGAGUGAAAAGCAAGCAAACAGAAUGAACACGACAGCUUCGGUGUCUAAACCGAACGCAAGAGCCCAAGUGUGGGAAUAUUUCGGCUUUAAACCAGUUUUGUUUUUGUCAACCACAAAACUCCACGUGUGCGCGCGCGCGUGUGUGUCUGUGUGUUGGAGGAGCACAGCAGGAUGAUUAGAGCUGUCAGAGCGGACUGAAGCUGCUCCUAUAUGUUUAGCGUUUAACUGACUGAGUUUUGCAACUCUGUUCGUCAUUUUCGUCUCGUCCCAUCAACGUAAACGCACUUUCGUCUCGUCACGUUUUAGUCAUCUCCGACUUAUUUUUAGCUCGUCAACGUUACGUCUUCGUCGUAGGUGAAAUUAAAGUUUAUCACUUUUGACACGGUGUACUCGCAUUAUUAUGCCAUUUCAUAUUAUUAUCUAUAAUUUAAAAAACGGUGUCAAUAAUAUCGUUUAUCGGCAAUAAUUUGUAGCACAAUUAUCGUCCAGCAAAAUUUGUUAUCGUGACAGGCCUAACCAGCACCAACAUUAUGUAUGGUCAAUCAUUUUAUAUCAAACCGCUCAGUCCUGGGCAAACCUUGAUUCAGUCAAUCCUGUUUACUGUACAGGAUCCUUUUCAGAGGAAGUAUAAACAGCUGCUGCACAGUGUUUAUAAAAAAAACAAUAAGAGACAUAAAACCAAUGCUUUGAAACACAAAAGUCAAAGCCUGGAUCACAUUGAAAGACUUUUUAUAUCCUUAAGCAAUUUAGAAAAUGUGAGGGACUCCACAUAUGACAACAAACAAAGCCAGAUCUAACAGUGUUGUUCUUAUGACCUGUGGAGAGCAACAUGAUCAGCAGCACACACUAAUGACUCCUAUUCACCACAAACCCCAGUCCACACUCUGUCAAAGCUCCUCUGAGGAGUUAUUGAUGUUUAAGAAACAGACCAAAAUUCAAACUGAUGCCAUGAUACACAGAAGCAAACAAGACCAUCAGCAGCAUGAUUGAUGUAUUGAUGUAUGAUUUAAAUAUUGUUAUUUGUUUUUCCUGAAAUGGAUGAGGGGGUGGGUGUCAGCAGAGCAGCUGAAAAAACAGCCUAAUUUUUUAUAAUUUCCAUACUCUAAAUAAUACAUUUGAUUGUCAAAGCUCUGCAGUAUGAGAUCCUCUGUAAUGAGACACUACUUGAGUAUGUAAAGGUAAAAGUAGACAAGACUUCUUUGUCCACAGGAGUCUCCACAAAAUAAACACAAACUGAAUGUUCUCCUAGGAGCUUUAACUAGAGAUCCACCUGAACCUGUUGUGGACGAACAUGGCAGCAGAGUAACAAACAUGGGAGAUGAUCGGAUGGUAUACAAUCCUAAUGUUGCUCAGCUACCUGGUACAUCAUUGUUGUCAAAUUUCUCUUCAGCUCCUCUUCUUUUCAGUUUGAUUGAGGUCUGUUUCAUGGGACAAAUACAUCAGCUCAAGUUGUUUUCACAAACCUAAAUGAUGGUUCUCUGUUUCUGAGGACCAGCUAACCUCAUGCUUUCUCUGUUUCCUCCUUCGAUUCAUUUGUUGUGCUUUCUUUUUUCAGCCAAAUUGGUUUCUGAUUGGCUAUUAUUUUGUUCCACCUGACAAUCAAUUGUGUACAUGCUCUGUUGUCCAUAGGGUUCCCCCCUCACAACAGGAUCAAUAAAAUCACUCUUACCACAGCUCAGCAAAAAUCUAGCAAGAUAAUCUUAGACCUGUAUGAUCAGAUGUUUUGGCCUUUGCUGCAGAGACACAUAAUGUUAAUGUCUGUAGAUAACAGCUGAGAAAAGCACUGAGGAAUUCUAUCACAGGAGAAGGUUUGCCUUCUUUAUAACAGAGAAAAAAAAGAUGUACAUAUAUUGGUAUCAAUAUCUGUAUCAGCCAUAAAUAAUAGGUUUAAAAAUACUGGCACACUGGAUAUCAGCAAAAAUCCAAUAACAUGCAUCCUAAUUUGGCUGAUUAAUGUCAGAGGAGAGGAAAAUCAGCCUGAUAUUUUUGCAGUGUGUGUCCCAGCCUAAGAGCAAACUGGGCAACAGUAACCAGUUCUGACCAUUUUACCACAAGCAGCGACACAGCAAAGCAACUCAACUUCAUUUAGAAAUUGCACCUUGGAUCAGCAGAAAAAAAAUCACCUGCUCUACAGUUUUGACAAAUAAAUGAUUGAACCUUACAGAUCAAAUCAUUCCUCUACUGGGCUGUGAAUGCGUUCAUUCUGCAGUCAACAAAGGCAUUAAUAUGGUCUCUGAACUGCAAUUCUUUGGCUUUUGGUGCCUGCCCCAAGUGGACACUCCAGGAGCUGCAGUCUUUUGCAGUUCAGGCUUUAUUAUCCAACACUAAAUACCGCUGAGCAUUCUUCAAAAGUUCCCAUAGAAAUCAGCUCACGCAGGCAGCUCCAGAUCUCACCCUGGAACUGUCCUGAAAGUGUUUCCAGGCAGCAGAGUGAGGAAACUAGACAAAGGUGGUCAUCCGGUACAGACAGUAAAUCAUGUCAUUUGAGCAAAAAGAGUCAUUUGCAGUUUUGAGUUUGAUAGACCCAUAAAGGUGAGAUAAAAGUAGAGCAAACGAGGAAUUUGCGUCAAAGAUUUGUAGGUGAUGAAGCCUGCACAAGGCCAACGAGGAGAUUAAAAAACUUUCUCUCCAUGUUGAUGUUUUAAGGGUCCAGAUUGUUCUUUGUACUUUCCACAGUAAUGUCUGCAGCCCUGUGCUGAGGAGAGGAACGGUUUUUGUUGAAGUCAUUAAAUCUUUGGUGACAAAAUAUUGAAGAAAAAUUUAAUUUUGUGUCUGUAUCAUCACUCCUUUCUACCGUCUUCCAUUUUACCACAACAGGAUUGAAGCCAAAAAAGACAUCUGCUGUCAGUGAUAGAGUUUUUCAUAAAAUGUACAAUCUCUAGAAGAAUCUGCAGUCGUCUGAUUACCAUUUAGCCUCAAGGGGCUGCAGACAAUAUUUCCGAGCUUGUGGUGUAGCCGGUGGAAGUCCAGAUAACCAAUAACAGAUAUCCAAGCCAAGACUUUUGUUCCUUCAGGUCUCUGUUUACAAUGUGACUCUGAGCUGGGACACGUGAAUGGAGCAGGAGUCAAGGAAGGACAACAGCUCUAAGAUUUUGUCAUGCAGCAUCCUGGUUUUAGGAAUUAAUAGAAAGCUGAAUUUCAUCCGGUGAGUGUUGGUCAAGUUUUGCCUGCUCAUACAAACACAGCUGGUACCUGAUUGGUGCACAGUAGUCUUGGUUCCGACAGGGAUCAGAUUUUGCAGCCAUGAGCAGAUGAUGAUAGAUUUAUCUGAAAAAUAUGUGAAACAAGUGUUGUAUCUGGACAGUGGACACUGUAAAAUUUGAAUUUAGAAAAAAAAUGGAUGGUUUGAAAAUCAUUUAUAUUCUGUAAUUGAAAAUGGUGCAAAAACCACAGAAAUGUCUGCCUUCUUAUAAAGAUGUCCACAACAUGUUUUAAAAUAGUUUGGGCAGGAUCAUGUUUACCAUGUGAUGGAGCCCCUCUUCUUUUAACAACACUCUGAAAAUGUUUGGGAACUAAGCAGACGGAUAGUGAAAUGUUAUACGACACCAGAUGUUUUCAAGGAGGGCAGUUUGGGACUGCAGACAAACCAGUACAGCUCUUGGACUCUUCUACCACAGAGCCAUGCUGCUGAAAUACAGAAUAGGGUUGGUAUUAUCUUGCUGAAAUAUGCAGAUCUUCUCUGUCAUAAGUAUUGUCUGGAUGGCAGCAUAUGUUGCUCCUAAACUGUUUGUAUUGUUCGGCUUUAAUGAAGCUUUUCCAGAUUUGUAAACCACCCAGGCCAUGGACAUACAUGCAUCCCCGUACAGUCAGAGGUGCUGGCUUUUAAACUGUGCUCUAAUGACAAGCCCUCACCUCCAUAGAGCAGAGGAUGGUGUGUCCAUGAUUUCCAAAAAGGAUGUCAAAUUUCAGUCCGUCAAACUACAGAAAAGUUUUCCACCUUACCCCGGAGUGUGGGCCCAGAGGAAUCACCUGUUUUAUCUUAUUUAUUUUUUUUAUCUGAAGAUGCAGGGACAAACAAAUAGUUUGUGUCUGUGCAGUAAUUUCCAUUGCUGACUGAGUCAUGUUCAGUUUUUUAAUACAGAACCACCUGAGGGAACAAUAAAAUGUUCUUGUUUCAUCUUUUGUAUUUUGUUUUUGCUCCAUUCCGAUUCACACAUUACACCCUGUUCUUAUCAUCAUUUUUCACAGCAGUUCUUUGGUUUUACAAAUAAAGAAAUAAAGAAAAAAAAUCUGCAUGCUUGCAGUGUGACCUGGUCCUAAAGUUUGAUAUUGUUUCACAGCUGAACCCAAUAACAGAGGUGCACUCCCUCUCUUCCUGUUCAGACCUGAGGAACAUACAGUAUACUAGGAAUUACUCCUGGAAGUAUGUCCUCUCCUUUUUCUCAGAAAGUGGAUCCAUUGGUAAAAUAAAAGUGGCCCAAAAAAUGUUUUAAAACAAAAUUAAGUAGAUCUAAACAUGUAGAUCAUGCAGGCAGUCCACUGAGCAAUUUAACAAGGAAUUCGCAUUCAGAAUUUGUUUUCCAUUUGGAAUUUUUAGGCUGCACUUUGGAUGGUCAACUUAGUUAAAAUAUCUCUUACAUCUUUACAGAGAAGCUGUCUAGAUAUGUGGGUUUGAAUUUUAGUUCGUCUUCUCUGGAGAGACACAGAAAAGGACACAACAAUAUUUUUCCUUGGACUGGUAAAUGGACUAUAGUUGUGAAAUAUUUUUUACAACCACUUAAAGCACUUUUACACUACGUGUCACCUUCACCCAUCCACCCGUUCACCCAUUCACAUUUACAUUUAUACACUAAUGGCAGAGGGUGCAAUGCUAAGUGCCCAUCAGUGCUGAGUACUUCCACGCAUACACAUUUACACAUCUUUGUCUAUGCCACAGGGAGUCAUUUUGGGUCCAGUGUCUUGCCCAAGGACACUCAAACAUGUAGAAUUUAACAAAAGACUUGUCCAUUCAGCCACAAUCUUUAUCAUGUUAAUCUUCAGUAUAAUCCUUCCCCCAAAGUGUUCAACGAUACAAGCUUAUACCUGCAUGUCAGAUUUCUUAUUGUGUUUUUAGACUAUUUCAUAUGACCAUCAUAUCUUUUCUUUAUGAUGGGCAUUUUUUUUAACUCACUUUUUCUGUCUUUUAGGUUCGGAUGAGGUUUGAGUUGAAGUCCCCCGUCAAGACGAUUGAGGACUUCAUCAAACGCUUCACCCCCAGCCGACUGACCUCCGGCUCCAACAGCAGCAGCUCCUCCAGUCUCAUCACCAGCCGCUCCUCCAACAAAGGCUGCUCAAGCAUGCUGUCCUCCCCGUCUGCAGAGAGCACGCUAACCAAACUGGAUGAGGAGAAGCAUCAUGGCAGCCUGGAGCACGCCUUCAGCCCCGUCCCGCCCUGCUAUGACGGGAAGGCCUGGAACAUAGAGGAAGGAGAGCUGCGAUAUGAGGCCGAGUCCCCUGAUGAGGCAGCUCUGGUCUACGCCGCCAGGGCCUACAAGUGCUCCCUUGUUGGACGCCUCCCUGACCAGGUGACCGUGGAGCUGCCUCACCUGGGGAAGCUGAGCUUUGAGCUGCUGCACACACUGGGCUUCGACUCCACCAGGAAACGCAUGUCUGUGGUGGUUCGACACCCCCUGACGGAUCAGAUCACUGUGUACACCAAAGGAGCUGACUCGGUCAUCAUGGACCUCAUCAAACCCCCUGACACAGGUAAGAAACACGAAACAUCAACAUCGUCGUUCCCAUUUAGAGCAGAACAAAACAGCUAUCACAAUAUGCGUUUGUCAAAAAAUGUUGUUUGGUCACUAUUUUGAUCUGAAAACAUUUUUAUACUGUAGAAAUAAAUCAAACAUGCUGUCAAACUGCAGAAGUAGAAACACGGAUCUUGAAGACAAAAGAUUUAGAGCUCCCUCUGGUGGUCAGGUGUGGUAAACGUUGGUGGCUCACCCAAACCAGUAAGGGUUAUCUCCAGUCUUCACACCUACUUACUUCCAGUAUAACAGUGUCCAAAAAGUUCAUACUCUUUUACAUUUAAACUCUGAAAGAUAACACAGCAGGGUGGCAACAUUUAAAUCGGCUGAGCUUAUUUCUUCAAGGCGUUAAAAGAGGAUUUCUCCUGUCAACAAUGGAAAAUGUACUUAAUAAUUGGCCAUAGUUGAGGUGAGUAGGGGUGGGAUAAAAAAAAAAUCGAUACAGGAUAGUAUCACGAUAGUUUGUCUGCUGAUAUAUCGUAUUGUCACCAAGUAUCUACUUACCAAGUAUCGAUUUUUUGUAAGUAAUUGCUAAUAUGAACUCAAGUCUAUAAUAAUGGAAAAAUUAAACCAACUGUUUGUACAUGAAGUUUGCAGAACUGACAUUAUAGAGCAGGAAAAAGUUAGUACAUUAAAUAUAGCGGCACCUACAUUAGGAAUGCAAGCAGGGCACAAAUAAGAUUCACAUGACAUGAGGUUUUCAAAAUGUGCUACAUGAAAAUAAAAUACUGUGUAAGUAAGACAAACAUAAGGAAAAGACAAAUGCAACAUCAGCUAAGCAGUUAAAAAAAUUACAAAUCACAAUAAAUGGUAUCACAAUACUCCAUUUAUCUCUAAAUGUUUUAAAUUGCAAUAUUAUCAAAUUGUGGCCCAAGUAUCAUGAUAAUAUCGUAUCAUGGGACUACUAGUGAUUCCCACCUCUUGAGAUGAGUUGUGACUAAAUGAAUGGUUAAACUGCUUGAUACUAUGACUGGUCAUUCAGAAGCAGAUGUCAACAGGCUCAUGUUUUGUUACUAACUGUAUCGGAGCAGUGUGGAGUCCCACUUGAACUAAAAUAUCUUCUCUUGGUUAGACCCCCCCUGUGACAGGGGCAUUUAAGAUAAAAACAAACUGAACAGGGGAAUGAGAUAGCAGCUUAGACAUACCAUGUACAGCUAAGAGCACUGGAGAGAGGGUGUUAUAUCAUGGAAAAAUGCUUUACAAUACAAUACAAUACUUGAUAGGAAACGAUGCAUCAUGAUACAAAACGUAAAUGAAGGAUGUAUAUGAUCUGAUUUGAUACUAGGUAGGCAAAUGAACGAUGUGAUUUGAUACACUUUUUUGUCCCCCUGUGAAAAUGUGUCGAAGUUUAGUCUGUGUUUUUCUAACUUUUGUUUACCUUUGUCUUGAACAAACAUACAUGUGUUCUUUUAGAUGUGUGAUAUACAAGUUUAGUGCAUAAAGCUUAACUGAUAAACAGUCUGGUUUUCUGGAGGCAUUUGUUUUGACCAGAUACUCCUCAAACUGGUACUUUUAUCAGAUAACAUUUCAUGAUGAUCACAGAUAUUGAUCAGUGCUUCAAAAAACAAUCAUUAUUAUACCUUUUGCCGUAGAGCCUAGCCCCAUCUGAGAUUGCUGUGUCCAGUUAGAGAUUUAUCUCCACAUGAGGGACAAUUUAGUGGCCCAACAGCGCUGAUAGAUGGUGACACAGCUGUCAGUGUUGUAUUUUAAAGCGGUUUGGAGCAUGAUGAUGCCUGUGCCUUAUCAUGUCUGCAGACUUUUCCCCCCAGAAUUGAUGAAUCGUGGCCGCAAACCUGCAAUCGGCUACAAAUCUCACGAAGUAAUCUCGUAUGGCACACGAGCUCACAGGACAUGUCAGUAAAUUGACAAUAUUUUCAUUUGGCUCUGGUCAAUUCCAAAUGAUGGAUUGGUUUCAGUAGUAGCUAAUUUAUUCUGUGCACUGUCUGCAGACUCACAUGCCAGAACAGGGAGGAGGUCUUUUCCUUUUACUGAGUGCCUCCCUCACCUUAAACCUUUAUACUUUCCACUGAUGUAAACAUGUAAGGUAACAUGUUACAUAAGAGGUUGUAUUUUUAGAGCAAGUCACUUCUUGAUUGUUACUUGAAAAAAAAAAACUUCCUGUGAGUUUUUCCUGUCUGAUCUAAAAACCUUGUUUUGCACUUCUUUAAGCUGUUAAUGGUGAAGGUGCAGCGGCAGGUUGUUAGUAUUCCAGGCACACAAAGGGCCACACAGGCACUUUUCACUAAUGCUUUGUACACAGUCACAGACAUCUGUCCAGGGGUGCUCAGCAGAGACUGUUUCUGCCCGCAGAGUGAAGGCUUUACUUUACACACAGUUUGUUGUGCUGCAAAUUCAUCAUGCAGAUACACUUGACUGUUGUGAUAUGAAACAGAGAUGCAGAAAACCCUCAUAACUGCUAAACUGGAACCACCAAAUCUUUCUUUAUUACCAAUAAACCAUUAAACAGUCUUUAAUUUUCUGCAUAUUCAUGCAUAACUUCAGCUCCACUCUCACAUCUAUCCCUGAUAGUCAGAGGAAAAAUCGCUCAGCCUCUUAUAGCAGCUCCUGUGGCCCCUAAGAGGAAACUUUAAAAAGAGCGUUCACACCUAAUCCGUUUUGUUCACUUUGAUGGGCUCUGCUGUGUUCAGUCACACGGCUUGGUUUGAUUUAUGUCAGCAUGAGAUGUGUCAGUUGAGUUCUCAAAAACAAACAAACCGAGGAGAAUCAAAUUUGGAUAUUUUUCGCUGAUUGUGCAAAACACGGUUUGGUCUAAAGUCAGGGCUGGACUCUGAGUUAUUAUCUUAAAUACUGGAGAAGUGAUCUUCAGUUUGACAUAAAGUGCAAUGGACAUAUCACUAUUACAACGGUUAAGUUAAGUGAAGAAUAAAGAUCAUCUACCUGAUAAGCACCUUGUCUUGUCAUGCUCCAAAUGAAAACAUGCUUUCUUGUUGUGAAGUGAUUUGUUUCUGCCUCAUGAUGUGGUUAGAGGCUCCCUGCUGUUCAUUAGAUGGAGACAGUUCAUUUCACAAGUCAGUUCAGCUCCACGAAAAAAUGAUUUCCUCCCACGCUGAACUGAGACUGGUUUACUGCUCCACCUCAACAGAGGAGAGCACCCCUGCUUUGUUUGGCUGGUUUUCUAGUAGUCGAUUGGUUUAUUUUGACAGGGACAGUGUGCAGCUUUUUAGUUUUACCAGAGGUAGCAAAAAGCUCAUUUGCAAUAAUGGUCCAAGGAAAAGGAAAAAAGGCACCACAGAACAAAACAGAAGUGAUGUGGAACGGUGAGAUCUAAAUAAGUGAUGUCUUAAAGGAAAAAUAAGUUAAAUGAAUUAAACCAAUUAUUGAAAGUAGAGGAUCAAAAGAACAAAUUAUUGAAGGGAGAGCACUAAUGUAUGAAUUUUUUUUUUUUAAUUCACACAUGCGAUUUAGUAUCUCGCAAGUGCGUUUUAUUAUAUCUCAGGUGCAAUUUAACUAUUCGUUAAUAAACAAACUCACUUCCUGCAAGUUUGAAUAUCGCUGACAGCAAAGUCACCGUGCUGAUGAGGUGUCUCCUUCUUAAAACAAUACCAAAUGUGGCUAAGCUAUAAAGUUUCUCUUUGUGAGUCUUACCUAAAUGAAAGAAAAUGUUGAUCUGCUCUCUGUCUGUGACACUGUCUGUCCUCUCUCAUAAUGAAUGAACCGCACAGAGGAUUAUUUACAAAAAAGCACGCACAACAUACAAAUAAAACACACGUAUGAGAUACGUAUGAAACACUCAUUCUAGAGAUACAAAGUCGCACAUGCAAAUUUUAAAGAACAGUUCAUGUCAUCUCCCGAGCUCCAUAAUGUGUGAAAGAAAGUAAAAUAAAUUCGGCUUAAUUUAAACAUCGCCCUUCAAGGUAUGCAAGUCCAUCCAUGAGGGUUCCUGAGUCUGGAAAUACAAUUCCUGAUUGGCUUUGGACACAAUGUCAGUCAGGCUGAUUUGUUGCCCAAGUUUAUAUUUGAUUGUUAGCUGCACUAGCAUUCACAUAUCAGUUUAAAGAGAGAGGGGAAAUUGUGGUGAGAUUACUGCUGAAAGGAUGCCAUGACCACGGACUGUGUCUCCUGUUUUUGCUCUCUGUACAGAAAGAUGAAUGAUCACUAUAGCAGCUUGUGUUGAUCAUGAGAGCUUGAACAGUGGAAGUUUUUUUUACUGUCAGGGAGGUGAAGCUCACCAGAGAAGAGAGAGACCCUCCUGGGCAGACAUUACAAACAUACACCCACACUUUCUCCUACUACGUGUGUGUCUGCUCUGUAACUUUAUUGGCUGACAGGGUGUGUCCUCACACAGACAGCUUUUGUUUUACCAUUGGGUGAAAACAGCCAAUCAGAAUGCAGUAUGAGUUUGGCCUCCUCACAACACAGACCUCCAUAAGGGCUCCAUUCAGGCGACCGGGGAGUUGUUCGGUGUCACUGUAAAAACAGAGCUCAUGGAGGGUUGGAGGUGACUGCUGAAACUCAGGGCUCAAAGUUUGAGAGUGUGCCAUGACAUAACUGCAGUUUCUGUCCUGCUGUGAAAAAAAAAAAACAGAUCUCAAAUUCAAACACAAAGAGAACUUAAUCUCAUUAAUUUACAGAAAUUAUAGAGUCCACUGAGAGGAGAUUAUAUUGGGAGGCAAAUGACUUUUCUUGCUCUGUUUGGUCUGAUCUUGGGGUACCCAAACCCCAACCCAGAGGGGGGCAGCUGAAACUCCACUGAAAGUGUUAAAUGUAAACAGUCAUAGACGUAAGAGCCCUGAAAGAAUGUCCAAGACUCUGAAAUUGCCAAAUUGUUCCAAAUUGACAAAGGAUUACUUUAAGGAAGAAAAAUAGAGAAUUUGUGGCCUGAAGGCUCUCAGAGUUGGAGGCCUUUUGUAAAAAGGAGUGGUCACUUAGUUACACUACUUAGUAUUGAAGUCGCUUAAUCGACCAGGUGCCCUAACUUUUGCAUGAGUCUGAUUUUGUUUCAGUUUGUUGAACAUCCUUAUUUUACUCAGUAAAUAAGUUUUCAAUCUUGAAAAUGUGCUUAUUUCUGUCAGUUAUAAAAUACAUGAGAAGCAAAACUGCAAGACUGAAGGAAAUAGGAAAUACAAAUAAAAACAACUAUUUUUGUCUCAGGUUCCCAGACCUUUGCACCCCACUGUAUGUGUUUUAAAAAACUUAAAACAAAUAUGCCUCAGAUGAUAUGAAAUGGUGUGAAUAUUUAGUUUGUCCUGCAGAGCACACUGUUACUCCAUACUUAAGUGUACUCUCAGCGCUGUCUGUAACACAAGGUUUCAGAACAACAUGGUGGUGCGUUUUGCAAUGUUAUGCAUCUCUGGAUCUCAUGUGAGACGGCUCACUCCUGCAGCUCUGCUCCAGAAAUGAAUGUUUAAAAAAUAGGCAAAGUGACGUAUUCAGUUUAUUAUCAUCAAUUGAAUUGUUGAUUAUGUUUGCCAAUCUUGCAACCCGACUCUCCUCACAAAAAUGUAAACUCAGCCUCUGAAGUCAGCGCUAUUCUCAGCCGUAAAAAUCAAUCAUAUUAAAGAAGAUUCAUUCUUUUUGUUUGAGUAUUUUAAGUUUUAACUUAUUGGACUGACCCUGCUGUUAUGGUUCCCUGACUGUCAGAUGGCAAACAAUGACGUAAGUGAUCAUGAGACAAUCAAACCUCAUGCAUGCUUGGGGUGGGAAUCACCAGUGGCCCCAAAAUACGUAUUAUCACAAUACUUAAGCCACGAUACGAUAUUGUUGUGAUUUUUAACAUUUGCAACACAGUGAGUAUUGCGAUACAAUAUAUCGCAAUUUAUACAAUUUUUCAACUGUUUAGCUAAUUUAGCAUUUGUCUUUCCUUUAUGUUUGUCUUAUUUACACAGUAUUUUAUUUUCAUGUAGAACUUCUUGCAAACCUUAUGUGUCAGGUCCAUCUCAUUUGUGCCCUGCUUGCAUUCCUGAUGUCUUUCCCCAAGUGCUGUUAUAUUUGUUGCACUAACUUUCUCCUGCUCUAUGAGGUCACCUCUGCCAACCUCACUGCACAAACAGUUGAUAUUAUUUGGUAAAUGAGACAAUACGAUAUGUUACCAGACAAAAUAUUGCAAUACUAUGUUGUAUUAAUUUUUUUCUCCCACCCCUAAUGCAUGCCAUGUAAAUCCUGCAACACUUGCAGCAAGAAACAUUCAAAUAGAUAGUGUAGCUCCUGACAGACAUCUCAGUCCUAACCUUUUUGUAGUUCAAUAAAAAUCAGUUAUAUCCUAAGUACUAACACAUUAAAUGCUUGUGUUCAGUGCAUCUCACUGAGACACAUUGUGUUUGUCCUUGAGCUCGAACAAGUGUACUGAAUGCAUUUCCUUCCUCAUAAAACAUUGACAAAGCUGGAGUGUGUACCAAUGUUUUGUGUGUGUGUGUGUGUGUGUGUGUGUGUGUGUGUGUGUGUGUGUGUGUGUGUGUGUGUGUUUGUGCAGAGAGCAGCACAUAAAAACACACGGCCACACUUGCUCUUUUGUGCUAAUAGGGAACCGCUCCUCAGGGAACAUUUAACACACAGGACACAUGUCCUCAUUUUAGGUGGAUUUUCCAAUUUUAAGAGACAGGAAAAAUAAACAUUGUGUAAAGUUCCACCUGUGUGUGUCUCUGUUAGGGUGUGUGACUUUGUGAAAGGAAAAAAUCCAGCUGUUCUUGGAAAAAGUGUUUUUUCUAACCAAAAGGAAAAGAAAGUUUCUGUCAAAAACAACAAGAACACCAUAAACAAGGUGAAACUGCAAUGCAGUUUUUUUGUUUGUUUGUUGUUGUUUUUUUAAUAAGACAACUGUGAAAUGAAUUCCUAAAGAAUAACCAUUUAUGAAGCAACUUUAAAACUGGAGUCAAAAUUUGCUCAGAUAAGAAGAUAACAGAAUUUAAAUGACAUUUUCUAAAGUGACUUGGUGGCUUGAAGUCCUACUCUGAUUGUUUUUUUUUCUUUGUUUUUUUUUACCUCUUAAAGUAUUCUCAGUGGUCUUUUAAUUGUGAUUAUGAAGUUUUUAGCCAAAAUCACGUUACCUGUGCCUUUUUAAGGGUUUUGCAGAGCUCUAGUAGCUCAUUAGCAAUUCACCUCUGAGUCGUGGGCGGAUACAGCGCUGCUCUGCACACUCCUCCUCAUGCUAGCUUGUAGCCUAAUGUUGCAGGUGUAGUAGCAGGUAACAUAGGAGCUAUUUAGCUCUCUGACUCUAAUGUCUUUGGGGACACGAUGAAAGCUAAUAUCAUAAAUAGCUUUCGUACGAGCAUUAUAAUCUGCUAUCACACAUACACUUGUUCCCUGAUCGUCCUCUCUAUUUCUCCAAGUCUGGGCUGCAGAGAGGGGCACAGGGGGCGGAGCUUGGAUUUGUGAUGUAGAAAUUCCCACCUUGUCUUAGCCUGCUGUGUGGGUCUGCCAGAGCUUCACAGAGAUUAAAAUGCAGAUGUAGACGACAAGAAAAACAUGAUUUUCAUCGGAGUGGGUCUUUAACCUGAACUUCAAAUCCAGACCAGCUAGCUAGUCUAAAGAAUCUGAAAACAGUCCAAAUUUAGGACUAAUCCUUUCACAAGUGAAACUGGUUCAGCCACUGAGUGUGGCUAAAUGUAGCAGGGCUAGAAGCCUCACUGACUUAGACAAUCUCUCAUUCACUUCUGGAUCUGAUGAUCUGCAGUGCCUGACAUGUGAGUGAAGUCCUUCAGUAUCACCUCUUAAUUGAAGUGUGACUUCUCAUGUUCAUUGUGAACCUCCCUUAAUCACAGUUUUUUAUUAUGUGUUUCUGGAUGCUGCUGAAAAUCCACAACAUUAACAAGCUUCAUCCACACAAGGAUUACUCAUGACACGAUUUCAACACACGACUCGCCAUUUGGACAUCUUUUCUGAUGCAUGCUGCACGCUGAUGGGAAGUGGUGGACACACUUCUGUAUGUAUAAAGAGAGGAAAGUUGUAAGAGUGUCGAGGAGGGGGUGAACAGAACUGAGAGAUAAACUAAGUUGGGCUAAUUGAAGUCAUUUGAUGAGUUAAUGAAUUUAUUUUCCAAGUAAACUUAUUCAAUAUAAGAAUUGAAAUGCGUGUAGGUGAUGUUAUGUAACACAGAGAGAGUAAAGUUUGUUAAAUAUUUCGGUGCCUUCCUCUCCUUUUAAAUAACAACACAUGUAGAGUUUCUUUUUCUUCUUGGUUUAUUCCUCGGUCUGGUUUCCUCAGAUUGACUCUGUUUCUGUAUAAAAUUGUUGUUUCAGGUAAAAAUAUUUUUUGCGUGGUUGUGCAUUAGUAUCUGUGUCUGCCAGGCUGUUGUGUUAUUAGUGAGAUUAUGGGGCUGCUGAUCAGAGAGUUGGCUGCUGCAUCUGUGUCAGGAGGCUGGUGAGGCCGGUCUGUUUGUGCUCUGUACCUCCUGCCAGGAAGAUGCUCAAGAUGCUGCUCCACAGAGACCCUCCCGCAUGAUCUGGACCAACACAUAUUACUUCAUCAUAUCAACACUAUCUAAGCCGAUCAAAUACCUGCCUUCAAAUGUUUAGCUGCAUGUCUUUGAGUAAAAUGAAGGGAUAUACUGUAGACGGGGACAGCAUACAUGGUUAAUUUAGGUGUGAAGGCAGAUGGCAUUCAUGAGCCUCUUGGAAGAAGCCCUCAGCAAUCUGGAAGCAAAUUGCCAAAGCAUUUAUGCAAAUGUUUUCCCAAACAAGCAUACUUCAUAUUCUCUCUUCUGUCUUUUCCUUUCAUCUGUUUUUAAGGAAACUCCAAAGGGAAACGCCAGAAGAAGAUUGUCAGCCGGACCCAAAACUACCUGAACCUUUAUGCUGCAGAUGGCCUUCGCACACUGUGCAUUGCUAAAAAGGUAACUGGGCUCCUCUGAUGUGCCAAUCACUGCUAUGUGUGUGUCUCUGUGUGUUGUCUCGGUGGCUUUUUGGCUGGUUGUGUUUGCAGCCCAUCACAGAUGAUCACAUGGACCGUCCCUUCCAAAGUGACAUUCUGCGUGACUCAGCUGCAAUCUGUGCCACUUUCCUAGGCUGUUAAUUUAUGCUCUCACAAGCCGAGGCUCAUUAUAUCCCUGCUUGUGCAAAGCCCGUCAUUGAAGCAAAGUGUUAAAACACCUUCUCAAGGUCUCACAUUCUCCUGGAUCCUCCAGUGACAUGCAGGCAGGGAGGAUCGGCUGCUGCUUCACUGUUGAGUUUGAUUCUGAACAGGAGAUGGUGUUUUGUUUGUGUUUGUGUACCAGAUACUGAGCAAGGAGCAGUAUGCAUGCUGGCUGCAGCGCCACCUGGAGGCAGAGACAGCCAUCCAGGGGAGAGAGGAGCUCCUGUUUGAAUCUGCUCUGCGACUGGAAACAAACCUCCAACUCCUGGGUGAUUUCUCAUUUCCUGUUUUGUAUUUUUGCUUUUAUAUUAAGUACCCCAAGAAGUCAGCACAGCACGUUGACAUACAAAGCAAUGUGGACUAAAUGGGCAGCAUAUCAUUGUUGGUACAACGUCAGUAUAAGGAGUUUAAGUUUUAAGUAUCAGCUGACAUAAAAAUCUUUUCCAACAUGCACAGCUGAAAAGGUGAGGCAUUAUUAAGGCUAGGGGUUGAUAUUGGUUAUUAUAGAAAUGAAUCUAGAUAGUGGUUUUUCAGGGCUGAUACCUCUACCAGUUUUAAGUAGCUUAUGAGGAUGAUGAUUCAUAUCUCUAACUGAUUGACAAUGAAGAUAAAAAAAAAUUUAAAAUAUAGAAUUUGAUAUAGAAUUUCAUCAUCAAUUUAGACGUACGCUAUGACGGCUUAUGUGCACCAAGCUUCAGCAGGUGGACUCAAUGGAAGUACUCUGUAAGAACUGUUUGCAAUACUUGUAAGGCACAGCUGAUCUGAGGAGGAGCAAAACAACACUCCUUCGAUACAAUCCAUCUGUGCGUCUAAACAACUGUUGUUCUGAGCAGCACCAACUGUUUCUGAAGAGGAAAAGCCAAAAAACUGCAACAUCAGCAAAAACCUGUCAGAAGCCUUGAAGUGAGCUAAGUCGCAAAGCAAAGAAAUACAGCAGCAACCACCAAGAAGUGAGAGAGCUUAACAAGAAAAACAAUGGAGUCAUUGCUCUUGAUAACCAGCCUUACAGCAUGGAGGACUUCUCAUGUGUGUGAUUGGUGUUAGAAGCAGUACUGGCCAAGAUUGCAUAAGUCCAAUAUCCUUGCUGGUGGAAAUUCUAGACUGCCCAGCUUAAUGCUGCGUUCGAGUUACCUCAGAAGUCAGAUGUCGGAGCUGAAAAUGACGUCACACCCAAGUUACCAGCGUUUCAGUUACCAAGUCAGAAAAAAAACAAAUCAGAGGCGGAAACAAGAUGGCUUUAUCUACGAAAGUUAUUUUAGCACUUGCCUUAUCCUUGUUUUAUUCGGACAAGGCAUCUAAAAGAGCCAUAAAGAGCUACACAGCUGCACAAAAACUGCACAUUGUGGACUCUGAUGCCAAAAAUGAAAAUCAUCCUGCAAGAACACAAUUACGUUGUAAUGACAUGUUUGACAAGUUUGAAGAGUAGAUAUUUUGUCUUUCUCAAAAGUUUACAAUCAAUCAAUCAAUCUGUAUUUUUAUAGAACAUUUCAUACAGGGCAAUGUAGCACAAAAUGCUUUACACAGAAGAAGAAAAAAGGAAAGAAAAAAUACCAACCCUCCCCCCACCCCAUCCCUUCAUCCCCACUCCACCAUCCAAGCACAACAGAAGCGAGUUUUAAAAAGCAUUAACUUAGAGAGAGCUCUAUUUAGUCAGAACAGGAAUAUGCGCACAGAGGAAACGCCAUCUUAAAAUCAUCAUUGAAGGAGUCCUAACUUUUACACAAACUAAACUCUUGGAAACAUGUUGAAAUGAUGACAACAGAAAAGACAACUGGUGUCUGUUAAAGAGCCUCAGAGAGGACAAUAGAGUCCUUAACUUUUGGUUAUUUUUUUACUUCAUUUACUUGGAAGACAAAACACAGUUACAGAUACAAUAGAAAUUAGUUAUAAACCCCAUAAUGCACAUUUUGAGUAAGGUGGUUUAACAAAGUUUAGCAAAUAUAUAUCUCAUUUCUUGUGGUUGGUGUAAUUUUAGUCAUAGUCCUGAAAAUGGAAAGAUUAUGACUUUUAUGGUGACUGAAUUUUGAUCACAGCAGAAUAGAAGAUACUGUAUUUCAUUUGGAUGAAGUCUUAGCUUUUUGUCCACUGCUUCUGACCUGCAGGAGCAACAGGCAUCGAGGAUCGUUUGCAGGACGGCGUGCCUGAGACCAUCGCCUCUCUUCGACAGGCCGGUUUGCAGAUAUGGGUGCUGACAGGGGACAAACAGGAAACAGCGGUAAAUAUUGCAUACGCCUGCAAGCUGCUGGACCCUGAGGAGGAGAUCCUGACGCUGAAUGCUGAUUCUCAGGUGAGCUGCAGGAGCGAGUAUUCAUACAGUCAUUUUGUUAACUUUAGCUUUGGCCUGCAGCAUCACAAGAAUUAUGAGUUAGAAAUGUUACUUGACUAUUAUAUUGGCAGGGUGAUGAAAGUCAAAAUAAGUCGAUUAUAUUGAUCAACUUAACCAAAAGACAGCACACACUUUUUAAAACAAUGAUUUUAAAAUGAUAAAUUUACAGGAGGAGUGUGUAAGAGUUGUGCACAUGUGUGUGAGUUAAACACAAAUUUAUUGAUGGAUAGCCCCUUGAGAUGAACCAUCUUGUUUUCAAGGGGGUCCAUCAGGGGGAGUGUUAAAAGAUCUCUCUCCUCCACUCCACAGUAUAAGAGUGUGGACGUGAAUUCCUGGAUUCACUGAAAUAGCCUCUUACAUAAUGUUGUCCUUUCCUCAUUCAAAACAAAUCAGACAGCACCUCUAUGAGACUGCUUUGGCAUCAUCUGAGGACCAACAGUGUUGAAAUCUGUGCUGUCUAAUCAUCUGUUUAGCAGAUGUGAAGCAGGUUCUCUCAGCUGGAUGUCAAAGUAACUUAUUGACCUGAUCCUGGACUCAAAUCCACUCUGUGCCUGUCUCUGGACCAGGAGGCGUGUGCGUUGCUGCUAGAGGAGAGUUUACACUACAUCCAAGCCAAAUUCCUCUGCAACUCCACCGACCAAUCCACCAAGGCCUUCCACAACAACUUCAUACCCUUUGACAUCUAUCCCUCUUCAUCUCCGUCCUCCUCAUCCUCCCACACCGCUCCCUUCAUGGUGCACAGGCUGGGCCUGGUGAUUGACGGGCGCACUUUGGCCUACGCCCUGGAUAAGACUUUGGAGGACAAGUUUCUGGCGGUCGCUCGGAGCUGUCGUUCAGUUCUCUGCUGCCGCUCCACGCCGCUGCAGAAGAGCAUGGUGGUCAAACUGGUGCGGAACAAGCUGAAAGUCAUGACCCUAGCUAUCGGUAAGAGGAACUCACAUUAAUCAAACACUCCUAUUGUUUGACCCUUUGAACCUCUCUCUGUUUCUCCUCAGAGUAUGAGUCAAGGAUAUUUUAUCUCCAGAACAGGUCACUGGGCACUUUUUUUCCAUCAGGUCAAAUUGUGUAAACAAGCUGGAUAUCAGCCUGCAGAGCAAACUCCUAAAUAUCAUCUCCAUGGACAUAAAGCAGUUUACAGGGAGGCUCAUACUACCAAAUGUAGGAUUGCUGCAACAGGAGAGUUGACCAGAAAUGUUUGCAGACUCACAGUGUCCAGUUUUCUGCAGACUUGUUCUUAAUAAGAGAAAAAGCAUGUCCACAUGGUCUGGUGUCAGUCAGGAUCACAACAAGGUGAAUGUUUGAUGAAUGGACCUUUUAUAUGGCACUUUGUCUAGUCGGCUGACCAACCACAUUCAUUUAUUUUACCCCACAUUCCCACACUAACAGAAGAGGUUACUUUAGGUGCUUUUCCACCACAGAAACUUUCCCCAGGAACAAGAGACCUUCACUAUGCAUGCGUUUUGACCAGAGGAACUAGGGUCUACAUUUAGUUCUGGGGUAGGAGAGUCACUGCGUUAAAGGCCCAGCACAGGAGGUAGAACUUUCCAAUGACCCAUGGACUUUAGGAGGCAGGGAGUGACGAUAAGACUGAAUGCACACUCGCACAGUCUUCCAGCACCCUUGCUGUGACCUCUCAGUGAAAAAGUUAUUUUAACAUAACCUCUGUCUUUAUAAAAUCAGGUUUAAUUAAGCUGAGUUAAAACAAAGGCGACACAAGGACAUCAGAGUGACUUACGACUGUCUUUUCACAUUUUUUUCACUUAUUUGUUCCUGCUGCUCUCAGGAGGAUGCUGUUCUGCAAACGGAGCAUUUUCUUGUCACUGCAAUGUUUGCAGUAAUGAAAGAGAAAACAGGACUGCAGCUCUUCACACUUUUAUUGUACACCUCUGUGGGGAGAGCAGAUGACGGUGAUGCUCUCAUAUCUAUCAGCUCUCUAAUCUCAUCAGUACAGCACCACUCACAAUGAAGCAGCUUCCGCCUUCUCCUGUCUAUAUGUAAAUAAUUUUAUGUUUGUAUUUAAAAUUUCAGUCUUGUUUGUUUUUAGUCUGGUGCAGAAAGGAUUUAAAGCAAGCAGUAAAACAAAGCAACAAAUCUAAAUCUGGCAAACUUAUCUGUGUAUCCUGCAAAGUUGAAGAAAAGCAGACACUUAAAAUGCAAUGCAAAUAUUCUACCGAUUUGUUUAGCUCUCCCUGUCAUAUACCUACAUAAAGGUUAAUCAUUCCUACUCAAAUAACAUCUAGUUUUCAGUAUUUAUUACUUACUGUCUUCGCAUGACAAUAAUAAUAAUUCACAGAAGAGAAGGAAGAAUGAUUGUUGGUGCAAAUGAGUUUAUGCUGAUGGAUGUUUUGAUGCAGCAGCAUACUAAUCAUGCAUCAGAAGAGCUCUCCAUUUCUUUUCACUCAACAUUCAAAUUGAUAGUCCCUUGUAUCAAGAAAUUCUGCAAGUUUGCAACUGCAUUGAAGCCAACAAUUAAAGGGAUAUUUCAGCACAAAUUUAAGUUAUGGUCAAACACACCGUAACACAGAGUUAGACCCCCUACUCUAUAGCCACAAAUAAUGCUCAGAGCAGUACCUAACUUCAUCAACAGUACAUAAAGGGUCCCAGCCAACAAAGUACUAGCCAUCAAACAACUUUUUAGCUUUGCCUGAUUUCUUUAGCAAAGAGACUAAACACAACUCACCCACUCUCUUCCAGCAGCCGCUUGUUUGUGGGGGAGCCCUGACGAGUUGAUCAUCGAGUGCAGCAGAGUUUCGCAGCUCAAGAAAGAACAUUUAUGAUAAUUUCUUAAUGGAAAUGCAAUCAGACCGAAACGCUGAGACAGAAGAACAUGUCCACGGCAUCCAAAACUCUGCGAUAGAAACGUCACUCAAGGUCAUAGGCUGUAUUGGGACAAAGGAAAAAGUGCCUAGAGAGUGAAUUUCGUUCCACUAUGCUGGUGCUACUUGUUCAAUGCAUUUUUGCAUAGACAGUACCACAAAAAAACAAUUAUAUGGUGCUGCUGUUUUUGCUUGUAGAAUCUGCUAUGUUGAUUCUGGCAAGACAAAAUCUUUCUCAAACGUCAUAAAUACAUCUACCUAACAUCUGAAACAGUUAUUGGUGCCUUAGUAUACACAUAAGUGAAUUCAGAUUAUGAAAUGUAGCAAAGAAAACGUCUCAACUCAAGUGAUUUGCACCCAGCACAAUGAAAUAUAUACAGUAAAUUUAGCUAAAAGCUUAUGUUUCAUACAUAAAAAUGACAUAACCUACUGUGUAAUAAAAGCAAUAAAAUAUAAACAGCACAUCAUGAAAGUCAAUCAAAACAAGACAAAAAUAAAUGCGCAAAAGGUCUGAAUUAAUUCAAAAUAUGGUAUAAAACAUUUAUUCAAGUAUCACAGUGUCAAAACAUCUGACAUUUAUCAAUCCCUCCAGAAUAUGAAAAUAAAGAUCAAAACACAAACGCAGUCAAAUGUAGAACAAAUAUAAAAAUAAUAAAAAACUCAAAUCCUUUAAACAAAACAAAUUGUACAUGGUGACAUGGUGCGUAUAUUACGCAUCUCACUUUCAUCAGAGUCAUCAUCCCAUACAGCUCUUUCUUCUGUUUCCUUUGAAGCAUUCUCACAUGCUUGGCACCGACAUAAAUCUGUACAAGACAAUCUUGCAGACAUACAAGAACAUCGUUCAGUGUCACAUUUGGUUGUCUUGCAACUACAGUGGACUAUCUGCAAAACACUAUCAGGGGCAGGAUUUGUAAUCAUCCGUGUCACUGCCAACUCCCCAUCCUCAAUGGGCCACCCAUUGUGCAUCCAUACGUUUACAGGUUGUAACUCGACCAGUGCCUUCCAUAGCAAGGGCAAAAGAAAAACAUUUUCUGUUGCUUGAGAGCAAACUGCAUGAGAGCAAACUACCAAGCGGCGGUGAUGAAACAUUCUCUGACUGGUAAAAUGUGUGCCCCUUCACUCAUUGGCAAUGGAGUGGCUUUUUGGUUGAGGUUUGCACGUGGAGACGUAGACCCAUUGCUAUCCUGCGGUCAUUACUCAAGUUGGUAUAACUAGAGAAGCAAGCGGUCGGCAACAUUCAUCUCUCGAGGGGAUGUCUAAUUCGGUGUUACGGUGUGUUUGACUCUAACUUAAUACUAUGCCACAAUAUCCCUUUAACACCAUUAAAAUUCUUCCAUUUUUUAGUGAAAAUGCUUGAAGACAGCUUAAAUCUCAGUGCUAAAGAGAAGAUCAGACCAUGAACCUGAGCCCUACUUCUUUUCUUUUAAUUCAUAGUGUCUGUACUUAAGGAUUGAAUUUAAAAACAUUGCCACUGUAUUGGCUGAUUGGAAGUGAGGUUGGGCUAGGAUUUCUAGUAUGGGGAGCACCAUCAUUGGGCUUUAAAAUGGCCAUUUAGAAACCAUGAGGUGACAUCACAGAGACUAUGUCCAUGUUUUAAACAGCCUGUGGUUCUCACUUUGCUGCAGCGUCAAUGUGUUGACAGUUUUUGUCACUAUGGAAGCGUUUCUGCAAGCCAACAUAAACUGGUCACAUUGAUAUUAUUCAGUAAUUUUCAGUCAGGCCAGCAAUCAUGACAACAAUAAAAACCUUCACUGUCCACCAACACUUCAUCUCCCACUCCACCAACUGGAGGAAAAAAAAUGACGAAAACCUCUGCACUGCUCUCAAAGUGGAGCAAAGACAAGUACCACUCCUCCUAAUCCAUCACAGCAGGCCUGGUUCUUCUUAUCCAGAGCUGAUGACACAAACACUAAAACACAAACAGACGUGAAGAGCUCAUUAAACAGUUGAAGGAACUGACAAGAUGACAAGUAAUACAAUGAAAUGCUCAAUAAAGCUUUUUUGCUGCAUGGUUUUUUGAUGAUCUGUUAACAGUUGUAUGUUAAGACUGUGUCAUCAGUUUUUCGGUUUUAAAGGAACUAUUUUCUCUCACUCUCUCUCUCUUUUUUGAUUAACCUCAGGUGAUGGGGCCAAUGAUGUCAGCAUGAUCCAGGUAGCAGAUGUUGGUGUGGGCAUUUCUGGACAGGAGGGCAUGCAGGUGAGAAGAAAACCGGGCAGGGCUGCAUGGAAAUGGUAGAAAUGAGUGGAAAAAAAGUGUGAAUCAGGGUUUAUUUUAGGAUUGGGCGAUAUGGCCUCAAAUCAAUAUCGCAAUAUAUUGAGCAGUUCACCUCCAUAACAAUAAAUGGACAAAAACUUCUCCACAAGCUGCUCACCCCCUCCCACAUUAACUUCAUCUACUUCAGCCGCUGCUCCAGCUGCUACAACUUUUGAACCGUCCUCCAAAUCCUCACCUGUCUUUUCCUCUUUGUUACGGACUAGAUGGGAUGGACUCUGACGUAGGACGGCAUCUUAAAGGGACAUGAGACCGUAGCCUACCCACACACAUCCAAAACCAACUUUUAUGUAAUUUUUUGACACCAAAAUUAUUGAGAUGGGCAAAAUGACGUCGGUUAUUGUCGUAAAUUUCAGUAUCAGUAAAUUUUCGGUUAAUCACCCAGUCCUUGUUCAUUUAUACUCACUAAGUAUAGGAAGUGCAAGUGGAUCCCAGGUCAGAUGAGAAUGAAUGUUUUUUUCUUUUUUUUCUGAAAACAUAUGAGAGACAGACAAAGAGGGACCAAGGUCGUUCUUGUAUGCAGUUGAUUGGUUUCAUUUCUCUUGAGUGCAUGUUUAGGCCUCAUCCAUACACAGCCUUUAAACUGUAUUGCCUGUGUGAUGCUGAGUCAGGAAACUUGUCCUGAGUCCUGUGGUGAAGCAGGACAUUUUAUGAGUCUCUUUAGUCUGGACUCCAUGUACAGCAACUCCUCUCUGCUUUGUGGUCAAGACCAUUGCCACAGCAGAGAUUAUCAGCAUGCUUGUUCUGAAAUAAUAAUGAAUAAAAGCUCUUUGCUCCCCCCCUGCUCAUUUCACCUGAACCCUGCUCCACAAAGGUGAUCGCGUAUAGCAAUGAUGGAGACUCCCAAUUAACUUGGAGGGGAGGAUAUGGAGGCGUGCUGCUGUGUAGCACAUCUGUUAAAGUCUCGGUUUCCUGUCUUUAACGGGGCUGCUACAUUAAUCAUUGUUCAUCAAAUCGGCUCUUAAUGAGACAGCGGUCAUUCCUCGGGACUCGGCGCUGUGCUGAGACUCACAUUUCAGCACACGCUCCUCGUUAUAAUUAAUACACCUUUCCUCUAUCAGAGCACUCUCCUCCCCAUGUAGCUGUUAGCGCACCAUUAUUAGAGCGCAGCAGAAACUAGAUUGCUGCACAACAAGGCAUCUGCUGUUAUUCUUCUUGUUGACAAAUAAUGUUGACAGGUGAGAUGUGUCAUAAAGGGUGAAGCAGUCAGUUACAAAGCCAGCAUGACUACAGGGAGGGUUUGGUUUUCAAUAAUGAUGGAUGAGACUGACAGCGUCCUGCUGCUGCUGUAACCAUGAAUCCCUAAAAGUCCACAAACUUGUUUAAGGGUUAUUGCUUUGGAAAGAUGAUCCUCACUAAAGAUUCAGUAUAAAGAGGCCGGUGAGGGCAGCUAUUUCCUGCAGUGACUUCCUGAAAGCUGCAGAAGUCGUGUGUUUGAGGGGGAGAGAAAGAGCAGGAAGAAAGGAUUUAAAUGCCAGCUAUUUCUGGGGUUUCUGCAGGCGGUGAUGGCGAGCGACUUUGCUCUGCCUCGUUUCCGGUAUCUCAAGAAGCUCCUGCUGGUCCACGGACACUGGUGCUACUCCCGACUGGCUAACAUGAUCCUCUAUUUCUUCUACAAAAACGCAGUAAGCUACUCUGACCUCUAUAUAUGCUCAUCUUGUACAAUAGCACGGUUUGUUGUACUCCCAUCUUCUCAUGUUAAUUCAUCAUGUUAUCCUUUGCUCCCACAGAUGUUUGUAGCACUCAUCUUCUGGUAUCAGUUCUACUGCGGAUUCUCAGGUUCAGCCAUGAUUGACCAGUGGUAUCUUAUCUUCUUCAACCUGAUGUUCUCCGCCUUCCCACAACUCAUCACCGGCACUCUGGACAAAGAUGUGUCUGCAGAGACUCUGCAACAACUACCUCAGCUCUACGUGAACGGGCAGAACUCAGAGGUACUCGCAGUUUGGUGGUUUUCUUUGUCCUGCUUGUUUAAGGGUCAAAGGUUCUACAGAGAAAAAGGAAAUAAUGCUGUUAUUCAGUCCUCUCAGUCCUUACAUGCAGUUUGAUCAUUUACUCUGGUAAGAGGAGUUUUUGCCCAGUUGUAGGUGAUGUGUUAGGCCUUUUAAAGGCAGUGAAAUUUGAUUUUUUUUUUUUUAGGAAACACUCUGUGCAUGUACACAAGGGUAGUUCAGCGACGAGAUUAGAGACACUGUUGAGUCAAUAGAGGGCGCCAGGAUCACCACAAACCAAAAGCUCCUCACAGGGGCUUUAAAGAUGGAGUCUGCAGGAUCUUUGGUCAUUUAUGAUGUUGAUAACAAGUUUUAACAGCAUUAAUAAAAUAACUAGGGCUGUAAUCAACCAAAGGAAUUCUUGGUCAACUAAAACCCUGAAAUUUUCGACCAAAAAUCAACUAAUCAGUCAUAUUCAGCAAACUAACAGAUUUUGAUAAACAUGGACACUCUUCGAUUCUCCUGUCUCCAGCCAGUCUCCAGUGGGUUGGGCAAAUCCAAAAUGGUAAAAAAAGAGGGUGUUCGGAGACAGGCUGUUACCUGUGAAACGGGGGUGCUCUGGAAACACCCCCAUUAGCACUUGGUACGUUCCUCCUGAUGAACUUAACCAUAGACUGUAAAUUGAAGCAGAAAAAAAUCGGGUCGACCAAUCAGAAUUUUGGUUGACUCAGCACGUAUUGACCAAUAAGUUGACCAUUCCACCAGGACUUUACAGCCCUAAAAAUUCAGUAACUUAAUUUAUUUUUUGAGAAGAUUCUGCAGACUCCACCUGUAAGGAAGCAAACAUGCCCCACCUGUUUGGUUUAAAGCAGCUGUAUUUUGGUUGAGAUUUGAAGCGUUAGGAGAUUCUUCUAUCUUUGAGAACAUAGUAUUGUUAAUGCUCAGUAUUAGUGUGGCUUUAAUGAUUCUGCACAGGCACAUCUUGACAGCAUUACUCCAUAAGAUUUGUGAGAGUAACCAACAGAAAUGCCAGGAUCUUUGUUCUUUUAAUAACAUACUGCAUAUUCCCUCUAGAAAAAAAACGCCUUAAUGUCAGAGCUCAAUGAUGAUAAGAACUCCACCUCUGUUGCAUGAAAGAGGCUUCAGGCUGUAAAUCUGUGGUUUCAUCUCUCAGGAAUAUAAGCCAUAUAUGUUCUGGAUGAACAUGAUUGACGCCUUCUACCAAAGUCUGAUCUGCUUCUUCAUCCCGUACUUUGUGAGUCUGUUUUUUGUUUACAUAAGCUCGUCUUGUCUUAGUCAACCCUUGUUGCACUGAACUUACUCAUCAUUUCCACACUGACUGUCUCCUCCCUGCCUCUUCUUCUUCUCCUCCGACAGGCCUACGCUGACUCCGACGUGGAUUUGUUUACAUGGGGCACUCCCAUUACCACCCUUGCUUUAUUUACCAUUCUGGUGCACUUAGGCAUUGAGACCAAAACCUGGGUGAGCAGUCUUACUCUACACACCUUGAUGACUCAAUACCUGCUUCAAAAUGUUGCUGUUUCUCUUUGGUACCAGCGCUGGUGUGAAGGCUGUCAGGCACACAGGCGUUAAACUCCAGCUGAUUAGAUUGAACCAGAAAGCUCUGCAGCACCUUAGACCAUAUAUCAGCCUGACAGUGUCUCUGCCUCCAUCCAACUCCUCUGAAAAGUGUCUCUGCCACAUCCACACCUCACACUGAUUCACAGCUCCAAAAUACCUGGUCAUUUCUCACCCUCACGCACACACACACACACACAUCCCACUUCGGUUCCAUCCUCAGGUAUCCACGUGUGUUUCUCAUAAAUGGCACGGCGGUGUUGGUCUGGAGCCAUCUUGAAUUUAUGACCCUGCAUUGAAUCAGAGUCUGUUCCAUUAUACUGAGGCUGUAAAUUAAGCCCAACGAGUUUCUACAUAAAAAGCAUCCUUUUCUCUGAAUACCUUCCUGGACCUGAAGGCCUCUUGUUGCAGAGAGGUAUUCAUAACGAAGCAGAAUCAGCUGAUGGUAAAGGUUUCUAAAUGCUUUACUCUUUAGCUGCUCAGGGAAUAAUUAAUUCAUGAUGGGUAAACAGCUGUGAAAGUCAAUUUAAGGUAUGUGAGGUGACAGCAAGAAAUUCUCAGUGUCUUCCCCCCAAUUCAGGAGCUGUAAAGCUGUAAUUAAUCAUCAGCUCAUAUUUAUGCAUGUGCUGCUGUGUGUAUCAGGUUAUCUUGAGUUAUCUUUCAUCUGAAUAUGCAGUUAAGAUUCACCAGAACACUUAAUUUUUUUACUGCACACGGAGGUUUCCAAACCAAACUGUGACACCAAACCUGAUUAGACUCUCUGGAACCACCUGCUAGAAUAUCAACACACCUUUUUUUUUAUCAGCAGGACAAUAAGGAACUAGCCGGUUUGAUCUCCUCUAGCUAAUUGUUCCAAAUAGUCUGAGUGAAAAAUUUUGGUUCCCUUUGGUCAUCAGCCUGGAAUAGUUCACAGAUCCUUGGUGGAAGACUUUAGAUCUCAAGGAUCCUGUAGUCCUGUUUCCUCUUCACCACAUUAACGACAGCCAGCUGUGCACAUUGCUGGGCACCCUGAUUUUCACCUUAUUUUUAAAGGCCUGAUUUUUGGACACAGUCUGUAAUUGUUUCCAUGUUUAGUAAAUUUCAAACGUGUGCUGAAUUAACUUCUUUGUAUUUUUUCAUCUCAGUAUUUUGCAAGCCGGGGCAGAAAGGCCCCGUACUAAACGUUCAUUAAGGCAAACCUAUUCACAGGACAAGGCAUAAUCCACAGACCAUGUUUGUUUGCAGGUGCUAUGAAGUAAAAGCACUUUUAGUAAAUCAGGCCCUUGUACCUACUGAGUGCUGCCUUUAUGUAAUGCACUGUUUGAUUUGAAUAUAUGAAUUGACCAUCUUUGUUCUUCUUCUCUUGCAGACCUGGAUGAACUGGCUGUCUAUAAGCUUCAGUAUAGCUUUAUUCUUCACGGUUGCUCUGUGCUACAACGCCUCCUGUCCCACCUGCUACUCCCCCUCGAACCCGUACUGGACCAUGCAGAGGCUGCUGCAGGACCCCCUCUUCUACCUGCUCUGUAUCAUCACGCCAAUCGCUGCUUUGCUGCCCAGGUAUUCUGCACUCUAUUUAAGAGAGGGUUACAUGCAUUUUUUCCGAACCUCUUGAAUAGCGUUACAUGAUUUUCGGAUGAAUAAAAGCUUGAUGUUUCUCAUUCUGGUGUACAAAAAUAUCAUUAUUCCAUUAUGUGCAUUCAUCUAGUACGGACACCAAACACUGUAACUUUGCUAUUUUUGUUGAUAAUGUGGAAAAGCAUAAUACCAGCCCUUUAAAGGUUUGUAUUGAACACAUGAUUCUGCUCUCUAAUAUUUACGACCCGUGCCCCAAGUUCUAUCUGCACCAGAUGACUUCAAAUGUUUAUUCCGAGAGUUUGGCAUUCAGCUGAGGAACAGUUGCUGAAGAGUAUCCUGAUGUUUGGCUCUGUUUGACUUUCCAGAUAUUUCUACAGGGCGUGUCAAGGCACGCUGUUUCCCAGCCCGGUUCAAGUUGGAAGACAGUUGGAUAAACUCCCUGCAGAAACCCGCAGGAACAUCCUCAGCCUCAGCAGGGUCAAGGUGGGGUCACCGCUCAGCCCCAAGCCUCCCUUCCUGUCCCUCAGCAAGCCUCCGGUGACAGGGGGCAAUAAAAAAGACCAGAAGAGCUUCCCCAGCUCCAAGACAUCACAGGGACCUGUUUUACAAACAGACCAGCAGGGCCAGAGGAGGGGGCCCACAGACAGUGAGAGGGGCCUCUCAGACCUCUACACAUUAGUUCCCACAGAAAUAGACACUCUCCCUUACACCAAAGACGCUCCUCAGCUCUCAGAGGAGCAGCAGUCUCCACAAACCAAAGACUCUGAGGGUUUAGAUAAAAGUUUAGAGACUUCAGAUCUGAGUCUGUCCGGCUGGAUCACCUCCACGCCUCUGCUCACACAAACUGACAGCAUCCAGCUGAACCUGCUUCCUGACGGAGACGCUCAGUGUGUCAGAUACACGAGAGAUUCUGUGGAAAAGGUCAAGCCUGCAGCACAGAGGACAGAGCAGGAGACAGGACAGCCCCUGCAUGUCACAUCGUGA